GGCGGACACUUGUAGGCUAUGAUUUCACUGACGAUGAAAUACAUUGCUUAUCCAUCUUAAAACGUUUGAUUGCUUGAAAACUAUUUUUGCGAAGAUUGGAACUUUUCGGAAAAAUUAUUAAGCCUUCAUGAGUGUUCAGAGAAGAGCAAGCUCUCAAAAUGGGAGACACACAUCAACAGGGACUCCAAAGUCGCCCGCCUCCAGCGGAUUAACUUAUCCCACAAUAAGACAAAGAGGUUAUUACUCCGAUAUUUUGGGAGGAGACUCAAAAGAUGAGCUUGGGGUAAGUUAGGAAGAAUCAACAGAAUGGAAAGGUUUUCUAACCGAGUGGUAUGUUUUCGUGUAAACUAUGGUGAUACAGUAGUGACAUGGCGGGAAAACCUGUACUUUCACCAUUUAGACUAACACUCAAUCUAAAUAUUAACUGCAGGCUACGUACUCACAAGUCUUAUGUGUUGUAAUUAAGUGUGUAAUCUCCACACUCCACUGAAAGUUCUCUCUUGCAGUAUAUGGAGACAAGGACAUGUGAAACGUUUGUAGUAUUUAUGUAGGGUCACCGGCACUGGCUUAAAUAGCUUCAGUCCCGGCUGUUUUGAAAGACUAGAUCGAGUGAAACCCCAAUUGAAAAUAUCAUCGCUAAAGCAAGAAGACUAAAAUGGUAAAAUCGAACAGGGCUAUAAUUAAGGUUUGUGGACUGGGGAUUUUACCUCCUUAAUUGUCAGAAAUUGUAUCCUUUGCAACUUCAUAAAUUCUAUACAUGGACGUUCCCUUGUUCUUAUAUUCCCUUUUCCCUGCUGUUGUAUUUGUAACAUACAUAUUACACAACAAUGUUUUCCUCAUUAGAAUGUUACUGGUGGCCCUCCAGCUUUUCGAAGCACACUAUGGAAAACAGCAAAAAUAAAACAUAUGCCAGAAGGUGUGUACUAGCAAUUUACUUAAGUUUCCUCUGCACAGCUCUAUUUCAGACUUGCCAAGUCUCACAACUUAAUCGCAAGUCUCACGAUUUCAUGACCUAUCUCACACUCUUUACAAGUUGCAACUGAUUUCUCAUGCUUCUUCGAAAAGUCAAACUCCAAAAACAUUCGGAGUUGCAGGGUUUGUCAUUUCCAAGUUAGAUAUUGAUAGAUUGCGAGCUCAAUCCAAGGAAAACACUUACAGUCGCAUUUGAUUGCAAUUUCUUUUAGCCUACCACGACUUGCUACUAAUUGUGAAGACUCAGUAUUUCUCUUGUCUCAAGAUGGCCGCAAACAAAACACAGAAAUUACAAAACCUGAAUCAUAAAAUUGAUUGUGAUGUUUAAUGCUGCAGCUUUAAAGGGAUAAUAUGUGACUUCCAAUACCCAUAAUCCCCACUGGAAGUCUUUCAACUAGGAAGUUUGGGACAUCUCACAACUUUUUACCCAUUUCUUGCUACUUUUCCCAGCUCUAGCUUCAGAGUCUCACAUUUUUUGUUUUUUGGGGGUUGGCAAGUCUGCUUUUUUCUGCUAUAAUUUUGUGUAACUCUAAAAACUACAUGUACAUGUAUCUGCACUUCUUCCAUGGAGGGUUUACUGGUUGAAGCCCCCCUUCCCCCUCCCCAUCCCUCUGGAAAUUCCAGUUUACAGCACCAGCAUGUGGGUUUAGACUCAAUAGAGGGGAGAAGUCAUUAAGUCAUGUUGUCAUGGUAGCAAAAUUUUUGGAUGACAACAAACCGAGAAAGUCACUUAAAAAGUAUAUGCGUACUGUUUCAAACUUCAUUGAUCUUAUUCAAUUUCAUUUAAUUUGUCAAAUGUUGGCAAAAUGUUCUGGGUACUUUGAAUCGGAAAGGACAAUAUCUAAGUUUAGAAAAAGAAAAAGAAGAUUUUGUGUUGUGUUCACCUACUCAAUAAAGUGGGUGCAUGAAACCCGGGGGGGGGGGGCACUUGGGUAUUUUUUGGGUGGGUAUGUGCCGCCCGGGACUCCAAAUUGGCACCCCGUUCUAAAAAAACUUUCUGCUAAAAUUGAUACCCCGUUCUAGAAAUGGGCCAAGUUUUUAUACCCCUUUCUAGAAUUCGCCCUAAAACUGAUACCCCGUUCUAGAAAUGGGCCAAAUUUUUAUAUUCCCUUCUAGAAAGUUUGUAAAUUGAAAUAGCCCCGUUUUUUAAAAAAGAUAUUUCUUUAUUUGUUCGACUUAUACAUCAAAUAAAUGCUUCUUCAUAAUCAGCAACAAUUUAAAGCAGAAGAUAAAGCCGUGAUCCACAAUUUUUUAUACCCCGUUCUAGAAAACUCCUCUAAAAUGGAUACCCCGUUCAGGAGCUUCAAAAUCACGACCCCGUUGGGCGGCACAUACCCGUAUAGGUAAUGUAUGGGAGUACCCCCCCUGGGGCAUGAAAUUAGGAAGUUUUAUGUCGCAGUCGUGCAAUGACAGCUAAGAAAUGCAAAAAAAUGCAUGAUUUGCAGUUGUUGUUUUGCUAAAGCUCCCUAUUGUAAGUUGUGAUCCAGAAAUUUUGCUGCCACAUGGUAAUGUGAUGUCACACUUUUCCUCUCUGUUGCCUUUAAUCAUUGUUGCUUCCUGUUCAGAAUUUCUUAUGAUCUUCCCUGGAAAUCUCCAUUGACUAAUUCACUUGUUGUGCCAAAACACUUUUUCUACUCAGUGCAAACCUUCAAGGGGCCUGUUUCGUCUCAAGCCUUAAAUUCACUGUUACAAGGUCAAGUUCAUGGACCAACCACAGCACCUAUCACAGUAUCUGUAAGUACAAGUAUGGUAAUACCAAAUAGUACAGUCAUUAAUCAUGAUACAUAUAUGCCUUUUUAUUCAUGCAUAAAAUAUGAUAUACACUGUACAUAUAAUAAUGUGAAGCCCUUGUGCAUGUUUGUACAUAGAUCCUGUUUGUAUAUGUACAUAUACGAACUGCGGAAAUUUUUUAAUGAUAGUUAUCAAAAGCUGUUCAUUUGUUUUCACAGGAUUUUCCUGAGAAGGCCUGGGAGCCCAAGGUUCAACUCCCUUUCAAUGCGGAACCUGGUCAAGUUCCAAGAAAAAUUGAGAUUGAAAGGUACCUAGGUCAUAUUUGUGUACUGGCAGAAUAUAAUUUACAUCUCUUAACUGAGCAUUUGCCAAAUAUGUUCAGUUCAUUUGUUUUAGGCAACUAUACUGGUAUUUUUUGAAAAAUCUAAUCUACUGAUAGCUUAAUUGAUUAAACAAGGCAUAACUGUUAAUCUUUAUCAGUCUUUUGACUAAAAUUACCCUCUUUUAUGAAUAUCUUUUCAGACAAAAGCGAAUUUUUGCAAAACAAAACAUCAACUCACUGCUUGAAGACCUUGGAGUCAAGACGUCUGAUUUAAUGCCUAGAGGAGACUACAAUAUGCGAGUAAAUCUCACAGGUGUUGACACUGCACCAUUUCCAAGCUUCUUACCUCUCCAUACAUUUGACGACACAGAGUAUGACUGCCGCAAUCCUCGUGAGUGGCUGGAGCUAGGCUUUGUUGAUGGUAAGCAACAUCCUGUACCAGGAAAAGCCCUUCUGCCUAAAGACAAUGGUAAAAAUGGAAAGGAGUACUCUUGGACAGAUGUUGGCAUGUUAGAUUAUGAUGCUGAGAAACAGUUAUUCUUUGUGCAGAUUGUCGGCACAGGAGGUCUUCAACACAAUGUUUUCCCAACAACCAAUGGUGUAGUAGAAAAUGGUCAUAAAGAACCAAAGAGAAAACAUUCUAAACUUGAAGCUCAGCAGUUCUGGGUCCCACGUAUUCAACUCUUGUUUGCUGCAGAAGACCCAGUGAAUUUUGCUGAGAGAGUAGCUAAGGCAUAUGCUCAGCGAUGUGAAACUGAGGCAUUGCUGAGGUACAAUCUGUAUGUUGAUUGCAUGCCAAUGGAUGGGGUAUUGAGACUGGACCCCAGUUCAAUGGAAAGAAUGAUCACUUGGGCAAAAGGAACCAGGACACUGAAAAAUGACAAGAGGUUAGAAACUUUACAAAAAUAAAUAUAUAAGUGGUAAGAGGGUAACCAUCCUAGUUUGUAAAAAAAUUUUUAUGGUAAUAAGUUACCAAAGUGUAAUUUUGCUGAAAUGCUUUCUUCCUCAAGUAAUAUAAUGGCUGAAGAAAAGGAUGAUGAUAUUGUGUUUUUUACUUGAAACCAGAUUGUAUUCCAAAUUGUUUGAAAAGAAUAGUACAGUUACUGUAGUACAAAUUAUAUGUACAUCAUAAAUUCUAAGGAAAGUGCCUAUAAUAAGAAGCAAAACUGGUUAAUAUGUUGUCUUAACUCCCCACGUUGGGAGAUUUAACCCCCAGUGCUGAAAAUAGGGACUUUGAAAAUAAUCAUUGUUCCAGCUAAAAUAUUAAUAUUUUUGUGGCCUAUCUAUGAUGCUUCUUGAUUUCUGUUGGUAUUCCUUCUGCAGCUUGGAUGAACAUGCCCGGCUGUUAUCAAAAGAAAUCCAAGUGGACUUUUCACGAAGCAUGAACAGGAUCACAUUUGACCAAAUUAUCAGUAGUAAACCAGAGAAAUAUCCCUUUGUAACUCUCCCACAAGAAGAAGAGGAAGUUAUUCCUGAGCGAGGUAUAUUUUUAUUUAGCACAUAAAGUCAUCCAGUGAAAAUAAAAUAAUUUAUUAUUCAUUCAAAAUAUUUCCCUGUUUCUGAUUGGUUAAAACCACAGGCAUAAUUCACCAUAACCAGCUGUUGUUGACCAAAAUUAAUUUGGAAAGAAUUUUGUCAUUUUGAACCGAUGACAUCAAAAUGACAUCAAAAGUGCAGCCUGGUUGCAAGUUAUUGAACCAUUGACAAAAAAAACCUGGGGAUGGCUGAGUUGUUUUGGUAGUUAGAACAAAAUGGUGGAACUGUCCUGGAACAUUUUGCUCAUUUCAGGGCAACAUUGUCUAAAUGAGAUGUAAGAGCCUGUUUGUUUCUACUUUUCAACAAACCAUCUACUAGAUCAAAUAUAUUGGUACUGAAUGAAUGCUGCGAUUUGGAAAUGGCUGUAAUUAAGUGGUAAUUGAACUUUGUGUCGUGCAGGUUUGGUCUGAAAUCAUGCUUUUGAUUUCAAAUCGAACUUGCGCUGCGUGCUUGUCCAAUUUUUGUAAUCAAGUGACUAUGAUUUUGGACCAAAUUGCACUCCACUCAGUUCAAUAUAGAUUUCAGUUAAACUUUAUGAACAUCUUGAGGAAGCUACUAGAGGAAAAAGCUCCCGUAAACAAUGUGAAAGAAGAGUUUCCAAUGCUGAGAAAUACGACUGCAAGUAAAAUAGGUAAUGGCAUUAUUUCGUUGCUAUGACAACUCUGAUGGCAUGGUAACCCUGAUCAAAACAAUUUUUCAUCUUUAGCUAAUACAGCUAUGGUGGUAAUUUUUCCAAAUCUUUGCUAAUGGCUGUGUAGUUUAUGCUCAAACUUGGGACAUAUUGACCUUGAAGACCCCAUCAAGCCACCCUAAAAUGUUCACUGAUACAGUCAUCAGUAAAUUUGAAAGCAUUUCUGUGUAUUUCUUGCUGUUUUUUUGUUUGCAUUUCAAUUUACAUCUGCAUUUAUGUCUAGUUUUUACCAGGUUUAUUAUGAUAAUUAAGGGCAUUUUGGGAUUUAAAUGCUCUCUUUUGUAUUGUAGUCGGAUUGUUAGUGUUACAGGUCAAAAUUAAAGUCGGGUUCAAAUUUUUUAACCUAGGUUGAUUCUCAAUUUCCUUUGUCCCUUAGCCCUAAUUCAUGAAUAAAAAUCUACCUGAAUUUGAUUUUGACCUGUGAAAUAUGCAAGGAAUUUGGUAGGCUCGAUUACCAGGUGCCACAGGGAAAUGAGCUGCCUGCGCUCGUCCGCCAAACAGGGAGUGGCGGAAACUGAGCCUAGGACUUUAUCAAAGUUUAGUCAUGAACGCUUUGUUCCUUGUUUUCUAGGAUUUCAUCCAGAUGUUCCAUCAUAUCCCUUUGAUGAGAAGUUUGACAACUUUGCUUUCAACUGCCUGUUAACACGUGAAGAGGCUAUCAUAGCCAUGGGUAAAGUCAGAUCUGAAUGUAACAAAGUUGCUGGCAUGUAUGUAUUCCAAGUACCUGUCUCAAAGAGCAUGAAGCUGGAAGAGUUUGAACAGACACAGGCUCAAGUCAGUACACAGGUACCUGGGUUUCAAUAAGAAUUAAUUAAAGUAGCCAGCAAGCUUCAACAGGGUAACCGACUGUAUCAAAAAAGGGCUGUCGGCCCCCUUCUUCUUCAUUAGGGAGUCUAGGGGCAACCCAGAAAAAGAUGAAAUCUUUGGAAGCCGUAAAAUGCGAUUUUCAGCAGUCUGGACACUAAAUUUGGUAAAAGAAAGAUAUGACAAGAUUUUUUAUCAAUAGUAGUAAUUUCUUUUAUUUCCAAUGCUGAUCAGUAAUGAGUUUAAACAAGAGAGAAUGAUAACGGUAAAAAGUAUCUUUUUUAGUUUUAUAACUGCUUUAUUUAAAUUUUUUUGGGGGGAAAUAGUAGCAAACUUCCCUGAGCAAAGUAGCUGAUGCGUUUUUUCGAUCGUCGGUGCUUAUUGAAACCCCUGCAGGUAACUGGCAUCAAAAUGCUGUGGUUUUUUAUGUCUUGUAAUGUUUAUUUAGUGGCCAUCAAGCAUUUUGAUACACUUAGUUUGGCUUUGUUUUAAAAAUGUGGUGAAGGAAAAUGUAGUCCAAAACACACCAGAAGGACUAGUAAUGCUGCUCGCGUGAUGAUUUUGAUUUUUCUGCUUAAGAUGAUGUUAAUUUUACAACCAAACCUCUAUUGAGUGGCCAACUUCAUGCCGGUACCCCAAGGGUAGUGGCCUAAUGGAGAUUCAACUGUUGUAAGAACAUUUUUGUUUUAGUCUGUUUAGUCAUGUGCCUUUUCUGCUGAGAGGUUUGAAGCAUAGUUUUCUAUGUAAAACAAACCAGAAUCAUUUUUUUUUGCAAAGGUUCACGUUUAUGACUACUAAAAGGUCAAGAAAAGCUUUGAGAUUUGUGCUAACCAAAUAAUGCCGGACUCACUAACAAUUCCGAAUCUUAUGUUUAGUGUAAUGGAAGUAAUAAUUAUUCAUCUCCUCUGGUAAACCUACAGGUGCAGAUAUUUUUGAGAGACAGCUGGCUGAAUACCUUAAGGACAGCCAUUCGAAGCAGUCUGCUUGAUGUUGGCAAGGGUUGGUUUAACAUGGAAGAAAGAAACUGGGAGGUGUACCAGAUUUCAAAACUUGCUAAAUUCAUGCAGCUUGUCAAGUUUGCCAUGCAGGUAGAGAGAAGUAAUGUUUAAGACCUGCUAGCUAUAUAGAUGGUGGAUGGUGAAAAGAAACAAAACGGUUAGUCUGUCUGGUCUUCUCAAAUAAGGAUGAUAAACAGCAGCCCCAUCUCACAACGUUUGCACUAAGAAAUUCUGUGGGAUGCUAAUGAACCCACACAGUGGGGCACAUGUAGUCCCCUGUGGUGUAAUCUAUCUCUCAUGGGUAAGGGACUGUUACAGGCCCGGCAGUAAUUGGUAUCAUACGCUGUUAUGGUGACCCUGCCAAAUUUGAUGAACCUACAUGUAAGUGAGUAAAUAAAUAAAGAAGACGAUUUGCUAGGACUAUGACAAGAACCGUAAAAACCACAAGCCACUGAAAGCUUCUAAUCUGAUAAAUGCCAUAUUUACAAUUUACACAAUAGUACGUCUGGUAUAAAUAUGGUAAAUAAGUCAGUGGAAUUGAACGUCCGAAGUUAAGUGCAUAUGCUAGAAAGAGUAAAACUGGCUUGUUUCUUUGGUUAAUCUACUGGAAGUUAAUUGUUAAUGGAAGUUAGUCCGCGGUAACUGGAUUUUGUGUAACUUGACAUUGAGUAGUAUAGGAGGGAUAUUUUACUCCGGAUUUUUGCUGGGGAAUCUCAUUAACUUGCGGAGGAAUACAUUAACGCCGAGGAGAUCAUAACGUUUGUCUUUAUCUCUUGAAUAAAAUGCGCAGGAAUCUCAUUAAGAUAAGGUCAUGUGCUAUUUUUAGUUGGUUUAACCGGUUUGACAGGUUUCUACUUGUUUUUAGGUCUGUAAAUGUCUUAGUUUUCGAUUGGUUGAUUAGAAAAUAUGAAAAGUUUUCAUUGGUUAAUUCAUGGUGUCUAAGGAAUAAAGUCAAACUAGUUUGUGGCUAAAAUCAGUAAGCCGUAACGUGAUUAUGCAAGUUCUAUUUUCUGCCGCUGUCAUUGUCCUAGUUCUGGUUCACUGAUUCGCGCAAAUCGUGCAUGUUAAUGAGGGCGAAGGCAAACUAGCUCUUUUUAGAACAGAAAACAAUGUUUUACUUACACUCCUCUACAGUUUAUUUCUUUCUUUUUACUUUAGUUUUAGUUCUAUUUUCCCUCCACCACAUCGACCCUACAUCGACCCUAUAUUGACCCUAUAUCGACCUCACAUCGACCCUACAUCGACCCUACAUUGACCCUAUAUCGACCCCACAUCUACCCUACAUCGACCCGACAGCGACCCUACAUCCACCUCCCUCCAUCUACAUUUCCUCCUCCUCAUUUUUAUUGUUUUCCCUCCUCUUCCUCCUCCUACUUUUAUUUCUUCUGUCUGUUUUAGGAUUCACUUCGUUACUUGGUGCAAGAUUCCUUAGCAGCAUUCACUCAAAUGAUCCAAGACGCCACGUACAGUGUCAUAGACUUAGGAGAGGACUUUGAUUGGGGAGAAGACAUCAUCAACAGCAGCUACAGGUAAAGACUUUAAAUAUCAACACAGUCAUAGAUUUUAAGUAAUUCCAGGAAAGAGAACCACAUUUUUGUCGCGCCAAAAUCCUCAAUCCUUCAUCUACAAGGUCUCGUUACAACGUUUCCAUUAGCUUCCCUCGCCUCAUUGGAUUCUUGAUUAGGAAACCUUUACUUCAAAAUGCAGGUGGAUUAACCAGAACCUAGCCUCCCCGCAGACGUCCUUUGGGGUUCGUUUGUCACGCAUUCAAACAAACGAACCCCAAAGGACGUCUGCGGUGAGGCUAACCAGAACCCUGACUGCUAGCUGGAUACGUUCUCGGUGAUCCCGAGUUCAAAUCCUUGGCGACGCUUAUAAAAUAGCCAACUGGUUCGCUUUCUACCAGUUGGUGAGUUGGGAUUCUUAACCAUGUUGUGUUUAUCUAUUUGAAUUAUUGGUUUCAUUAUCCCUAAAAAGCCCAAUAAUUGGAGAGGACAAGUUAAAAGUAUUUAAAUUCAACUUUAUGUAAAUCGUUCUGGACCGUUUUUUGGCACAACAUGCACUGUGGACGUUAAAAGAAUCGUUUGAUUUAGCCAAUAGAGAGAUCAAGAUUCACCUUUACCGCAAACGGCAAAAAUAAGACUCGCGUUGAGAAUUUCUCAGAAUAGAAAAUAAGCAAAUAACAACAGUCCCGAAUGAUUCCUGUGGUUAAGACUGGCAUAAAACUACUUAUUUUUGUGUAGCAGCAAUAAAGAGUAAACGGGAAAAAAUGGGGAAAACUUGGUCACGUGGUACAAAUUCACGGUUACCGUUUGAAGUAAACAUGAAUCUUAAUCUGUCUAAUAUUUUAUUGACUGGACUUGAAGCUGGGUCCGUUAAAAACUGAAAUUGCGUUCUUUAACAGGCCCAAAAAGAAUGCCCUGUUCAUGUUAGACCUGACAUUGGAGAAAACGGGGGUGCAGUACAGUACAGAUUUGGAGAGCUUUGAACGUGUGGUGAUCAUGUUGUUUGACAAAGGAAUCACCUGCACUAAGAAUGUUCCACAGCUUGAAAAGAUGGUGAUAGAAGGUCUGUUUUGGAGUGGCACGCCUCUUCUCGAGUCUGUGGGUGAAAACGAACCGGAAGUGGUGAAGCUGAGAGAAACAGUGCGACAUGCAAUCCAGCAGUCCCUGAUCCCUCUGAGAGCUUAUGCCAGACAGUAUGAGAAGUACCUGGACUUGUAUAACUUGGAUAUCAACGAGUAUCUCGUGUAAGUACAGUGUGUAGCCUGUUGGACUGGAUUCCAGGAACACAACAUUUCUUGUUAUAAGUAUAGUCAGGGGCACCCUACGACGGUUUCCUCCAAAAUGCAUUGAAAAUACUUUAUAGGUUAUCCAGAGUACUUUUAGACCUCUAGAAAUGCAUUCUAAGUGGGGCUAUAGGAUUUGUAUCUGUUCGGUCAUCCUACGGGAACUUACAAGGGCUUCAGUAAUAUUUUAAUAUUUCAAGCACUUUAAACCAGUAAAUGUUUUGUGUAGGGAGUAUGAUUCGCAAGAGCGUUCCGCCUCAGAAGUGAAACAGGAGAUUGAAAGGCAUUUAAAAGAUAAGGAGACACUAGAGAACUCCUUGCCAUCAAGCAUUGUGAUUGGUCCAUACUGGAUAUCCACUGAGGGAGUCAGGCAGGCAUUGGCAAAGAAACGAAAAGCGUUGGCUAAUGCUGUUAUUGACCUGUUGGCCAAAAAACUCCGCAAGCAGGCUGACAUGGUGUGUGAUGUUGCUUUUUGUUUUAUUCAAUAGUGUUUUGAUUUUGGAUGGCUUAAUUUUUUUCACAAACCGUUAUUUGGAGGAUUACACUUCACAGGAUGUAGAUCAAAGAUAUUUAAAUCACAACAGAAUUUUCUGAAAGUGCCCACUACUGGUGAGCAAAUAUUUGUGAUUAAGCGGACCAACAUCAUCGAUGUUAGUCUCCUACGUACGACAUCGAGUGCAUUGUACCUUUGUUAUAAAGGAAAAACUGGAGGAUGAGAGUUUUGUAUUUUGAAUUUUCUUCGCUGUUUUGAAUUUGUACUAGAAAUGCGCUUCCUUUGAUCAAAAAAAAAGAAAAGAAACGGUUAUACUAAAGUAUUUUAAUUUUCUACUAGGUUUGUGAGGAGUUUAAGGCGAUCGCACGGCAGUUGUAUGAUAAACCAAACAGCAUAGAAGAGCUGGCAGAACAAAGAGAAUACAUGAAGCAGAUUCCAGAACAACUGAAGAAAAACCAGGAACUGAUUGACAAAGCUAUGGUCGAUUAUGAGCUCAUUGAAGAGUUUAACUACAAUAUAUCUGCUGAGGACUUCAAUGCAAAGUGAGUUGAUCUGACUUCCGGAUAGAGUAGUUUAUAAGUACAGGUAACUUAAUAGUCUAUCAAUUGACUGCAAAAGAAGUCUUCAUAAAUCUUCACGCACGCAAACCGUCAAACUGCCCGUAUGACACUCUUGUACUUUCCAUAUUUACAUGUAUCAGGUGGACCUGUAUUGGAUGGCCAUAUAAAAUCCAGCUACAAAUGGAAGCAACAGAAGCCAGCCUUGAUGCAGAUGAAGAAAGAUUCCAGAAGAACUUGUUAGCUGACCAGAACACUUUUCAAGACCGGCUGGACUCGCUCAACAUGGCCGUGGCAGGAUUUGCUGCUCAUACUGACAUCAGUAAGGCGCACGAAGUGGCGAAUGAAGUGCGGCGUCUAACGAAACAGCUCAAGGAAUGCCAGGCACUCGCUAAUACCUACAAUAACAGAGAGAGGCUGUUUGGCCUCCCUGUCACGUCUGUAAGUAGUUUAAUUCGAUUGUAAACGUGUACUGCUAUUUGUGUCUUAAGGACAAAGACAGUAAAAAGCAAUUCAUUUGGAGGGUUUAUUCCUGAAGUUAUUCAGUAAGGGGUAAAAGUUAUUCAGUAAGGGGUAAAGGUUCCAGUUUGGCAUUACUUGAAAUCAAUGUCAUUUUUAUCAAGAAACAAAACGUCCAACGUGUCUACCUUAAGAUUGUGAUGAUUUGGCAGUAAAAGAAAACAUAUGAGAAGUUCUAGAGUUCUUUUUAUAAUGUUAAAAACGUUCUCUGGCUAAAAAUGUUCAAAAAAUUCAAGCUUUCGACCGCCUGAACUGUAGUCUUCAAUGGGCGAAGUGAUUUGAAAGUGAAAAAAAUCUAAAAUACAGUGCGAUACAUAAUACAAUAGAAUAAAAUUACUAAAGAAUGAGAAUAAAGAAAUAAUUCAUUGAGAAAAAAAAUUAUAUUGUCUUGGGUCUUAGCGUUCAUCCACUGACUUCUACAUUAAUUUUGAUCUGUUGAAAACAGUAUGACAAGCUGGGCCGGCUGGUCAAGGACUUUGAGCCGUUUAAGAACAUGUGGCUGACAGCAUCUGAUUGGCUGAAGUGGUAUGACAGUUGGAUGAACGAUCCCCUCACCACCAUAGACGCAGAACAACUGGAACAGAAUGUUAACAACGCCUUCAAGACUAUUUUCAAGUGUGUUAAGCAUUUCAAGGAGAUCCCUGCUUGCCAGGAGGUGGCGAUGGAAGUGAAACUGAAGAUUGAGAACUUCAAACCUUACAUUCCACUUAUCCAGGGCUUGAGAAAUCCUGGCAUGAGAAGCAGGCAUUGGGAACAGGUAUCAUUUCCGGCAGUUUCUUAGUUUUCUUCCGGUACCCUGAGUAUGAAAGGUGUUUUUUUCUCGCGCCGCAAGCCGAUAGAUCUUCGGCCGAAUACCCAAGCCACGAGACUUACCCGAAACCAGAAACCAGGUAUGAAAAGUCUCUGGGAUCCCGAGUAAGUCUUCGGUUGAUUAAGGGCAACAAGACAAAAAGUAGUUGUGAACCUCAAGGAAAAUUGCGUGAAGCGCCUGUGAAAACUCCCGUCCAAAGUUUUUAAAUACCUUAUGAUGUCUAUCGCAAAAUUUAUUCGGAAGUGCAGCAAUGUCUCGCUCGUUGAUCCCUCUGGUCAAAGAAAAAGAACCGGCAUCUGAAAAAAGGUUUUUGCCUUUACCGAAUAUCAUUUGUAUGAACUGAAAUUUAUCAUUUGUCAUUGCCAGAGUUAAGUUUUUGUUAUUAUGAAAUCAAAAAAAAAAAAAAGAAAAGUUGCUUCAGCUGUUUUAUAGCGAUGAUGGUUGUUUUGGACUUAUCGGUGACCAAAUUGCGCCAUUUACAAUUUACUUCUUUAGAAACUGACAAUACUUGUGCGUUUUUCUCUCCAGUUGUCCAAGGAGCUUGGUUUUCCUAUUGUGGCAAACGCGCAGCUUACGUUUACAAAGUGCCUGGAGAUGAAGCUGCAAGAUCACAUCGAGGUUAUCGCUAAAGUCGCUGAGAUUGCGGGCAAGGAAUACUCUAUUGAACAGGUAAAUUGCAAACUUCAUAUACACGUACCCAGUUCUGUUGCUCUGUAAAGUUGUCUUAAGAAAUUUUAAAUGUUAUCACUUUCAUCUUGAACCAGAAACUUAUUCGGAUUUCUUCUUCAACCUUUAAAGUUUUGUAAAUUAAAAGUUGUGUUAUUAUAUUAAUAAACUUUCCAAGAAGUUGUUUCUCACUAGGAUUUAAACACAAACGUGAGAUCUACCUUUUCUGCCUUCCAUAUGGUAUUCUAGCAGUGAAAUUAUUGACUAAUUGUUGUGACAUUUGCAAUUAGGCGCUUGACAAGAUGGAGAGCGAAUGGAAGCCAGUCAUGCUCGAGGUAAUGCCAUAUAAGGAAACAGGCACGUUCAUAAUGAAAGUCAGCGAUGACUGCUCGCAGCUAUUGGACGAUCACAUCGUGAUGGCACAGAGCAUGUCAUUUUCACCGUAUAAGAAGCCAUUUGAGGAGCGUAUCACCACUUGGGAGAGCAAGCUUGUGAUGACUCAGGAUGUGAUGGACGAGUGGUUGCAGUGUCAGAGACAGUGGCUGUAUCUGGAGCCUAUCUUUAGCUCGGAGGAUAUAAACCGCCAGCUGCCGGUGGAAAGCAAGAGGUAUCAGACCAUGGAAAGGAUAUGGAGAAAAGUGAUGAAUAACGCCAAGGGAAACCCACAGGUAAAUUGAAAGGAGACCACUGUGUAAUCCGAAAACCUAGCUUAUCUGUUCAAUUCAUUUAGAAAGUGCAGUCCACAAUGGUACUUUGCAGCGUUCUCAUAUUUUUAGAGCCUAGUUUUGAACCCUUCCGUACGGGUGACCUUUGUCUAGAUCUCAGCGUGCAAAGAAAUUAAUGCGAUUUGAUAGCCUGGGGCAGGUUGAUUUUGCAAUCGGGUUAGUGAAUUCUGUUCUUAACUUGCCCGGUGGGCAAGUGAAUUUUUUUGUUUUGGGGGUGGGGGCGGGGGAAAGGGUUGGAGAAGGGAGAAUGGGAGAGAGAAUGGAGAAGGGACUGCCAUUUCAUUUUGUCAAAGGAGCCAUGAGAAAGCCUAGCCGUUUACAUCCAAAGGCAAUAUCUUCUUCGUCAGUGAUAUGAAGGUCUUAACUGUUCGAACGGCCCAAGAAUCAAACGCACGACCUACUUCUCAGCAGUCUCGUGCUCUUCCAACUAACGUUAAGUUUUGAUAAAUGGAUGGCUGGAUUGACCUAGCACGUGACGCGAAAUUUGAGAAUGUAAUCCAGACUAAUCUGUUAAGUGUAUGCCAUACUCGGUGGCGUAGUCUUAACUGGCCAAGUAGAGUUACAACGAAGCACAAAAUAAAUCAACUCAACCUCAUGACUAAGCGUAAGCAUGAUCAUUCUGGUUGAAUUUUUAGGUGAUCUCUUUGUGCCCAGAUGCCAGGCUUCUUGAAAGUCUCCGUGAAUGUAACAAACUUUUAGAACAGGUAAGAAAAUGUCAACAUUAACGUUAGGACUCACAUAAAUAUCCGAAACUUUGCUAUCUUUUUUCCAUGGGAAGGAGCUGUUUACUGUGACGUGUGAUAACCUUGUGCUGCGAUUGCCUUUCAACAGGUACAAAAGGGACUUAGUGAAUACCUGGAGACGAAACGAACAGCCUUUCCACGAUUCUACUUUCUGUCGGAUGAUGAGCUACUGGAGAUUUUGUCUCAAACCAAAGAUCCUACUGCUGUUCAACCUCAUUUGCGAAAGUGCUUUGAAAAUAUCGCCAGGGUACGUACGUAAAAUAACUCUAACAGUGCCGAAGAUGGCUUCCAUGAACAGUAAGAGACAUCCAAAUUUCUUGCUAGUGUGUCCUUAAUAUAAAACAUCAUCAUUAGAAAGAACUGCAAAGGUACUGUAGGAUUUUAUUUAUUUUAAUAAGUAAAGUGGUGUAAUGGCUUUCACUUCAGUUGGCUACACUUAAGCAUCUUUUAGUUUGGUUAUAGCAAUUGUUAAUGGAGUUCGAUGGUUGUGUUUUUCAGCUAUCAUUUGAGGAAGACUUACGCAUAUCUUCUAUGUUUUCUGGCGAGGGAGAAUGUGUUCCAUUUAGCAACAGCCUCUAUCCCACCGGCAACGUUGAGGACUGGCUGCUGGAAGUAGAAAACACCAUGAGAGGAAGUUUACGAGAGAUUUUACACAGAGCUUUGUUAGAAUAUGCUGAGGUAAAAUUUCAUUUUAGUAAGGGUGUUUCACCUUUGAUUGAUGAAAGUAAUAAGUGUAUUUUUUGGUUUUGCUUUUGCUUUAAAAAGCUUAGCUCAACAUAACCCAUUUCCGAGUUCCAAAAACUCUGACUUUCAAACGAGGCUAAGUGCGAAACCUUUGUUGGGGAAAUUAUUUUUAUUACGCAUUUUCAUAUCAAUGGUCUCUUACUUGGCCUACUUCACUUGGAAGUAAUGAGCGGAAAAAAGAAAGAGGCGCGCGAAGGAGACGCGAGGGGCUGCGCCCAUGACUUCCAAGCGCCUGCUACGCCGGCUACACUUGGCCUCGCUUUGAAACAGAGGCUUGAGGCAACCCGGAAAUGGCGUAUUCCUCUCGCCUAUUUUCUCAAUCAAUUAGAAGCUGGAGCAAAACUUUCUCGCAAGGGCGCAUUCCGUUAGCAUUGAUGACCCGCCUUAAUUUUUCUUCCGGAAUCUGGCUGUGAUUUGUCAGUCUAAAAUUAGACAUUAAUUGGUUUUGAUUUUAUCACAAUCAAGAAAGCUCUUAUUCGACGUUGCCGAUCCAAGUAGUAUGCUGGACACGCGUCCCGUACGAAGCUGCAGUAAGUGACCCUACCUAUCAUGAGUUCGUCCGUAUUUGUGGAAUGUCAUCGCCUCGAAUCCUGUCUGGACUCAGAUUUUUUUCUUUGUCCUAUGCCACUGAAAUGACACAGCCUGCUAAUACAGCAGUCUUCUCUCGCUCCUCGCUCCUCGCUCCUCGCUCCUCGCUCCUCGCUCCUCGCCGCCCAGGAGCGAGGAAAGAUGGCUGCAUUCGCAGGCUAGACAUGACGAGAAUAACGUGUUUUCCCGACGCUGAAAUUCAGUGUUCGUCGGCUACAGCUAAGAGGCAUUCCUUGCAAUUGGACGCUAAGAAUGGUUACCCGUUCCGGCUGCUGCGAAUGUCUCACAUGUCCUAUUUAUUUUACAUCACAGACACCUCGUACAGAGUGGGUUUUAAAGUGGCCUGGGCAGAUUGUGAUUGCUGGAUGUCAGACACACUGGACUAAGGAGGUUUCUGAAGCAUUGGUGGAAAACAAGAUAAAUGAGCUUUAUAAGGCCCUGAUGGCGCAGGUACCAACCACUGUUGUUGAAACGCAAAGCAGUCUUCCUACCACACCUCAAAUAAAGGGGCGGGGGGAUUGGUUUAGUUCUUCCACUUCUGCAUGCGACUCCGACGACCAAGUUUUCACUUGAUCGUAAACGAUGGAGUUGUAAGCGGAAUCAGAAGAAUCAGAAGGCUUUUUUCACUAGGACGUAAAGUUCUACGCUUCUGAUUACGACUCCGACUCCGACACCGAAUCCGUCGCUAGUGAAAACCAGCCUUUAGUUGAUUUUUGUAAUGAUUUGUUUCUUUCUUCAUCAGCUCAAUGAUCUCGUUACGUUGGUGAGAGGGAACCUGACUAAACUUGCCAGGAUGAUUCUUGGAGCACUUAUUGUCAUUGAGGUAUUUAAAUUUAACAUGCCUUGGCCCAAUGUUGCUCAACGGUAAUACAUGUGGCCAUUUAACGAAACACCAACUUGACUGUACUCCAAAUUCACCCAGCUUACACCCUACGUUCACCAAAAAUUAUCCAACCGCAGGUAGUAUCCUGAAGGAUAACCAAGGAAAGCAAGAGGAGCCAUUCUUGUAGCCUUUGCGUUGGUCAAAUAUACGUGACACACUUUUUUCACUAUUUCUUCCGCUUAUCGUGAAAUACGUUUUUUGAUCAAUCUCGUCACACCAUAAAUGUUUCCCGAAGCUCAGAGGUAAGAGCGCCCAACCAGUGUUCCGGGAGGCCAUAGAUUUGGGUCCCGUCGGGAACUCGAAGUGUUUUGUUUCUCUCACGAUCGUUUCAUUUUACACGAGUCGUUAUCUUUCUCGUUCUUCUCCAGCUUGAUGUUUAAAUUUACUUGCAGAACAUUGCGUGAGGUUCUAUGUGUUCACCCGGUUUAAUCGUACUUUCUCCGUAGGUUCAUGCAUGUGAUGUAGUGGCAAAGAUGAUAUCUGAAAACGUAAAAAAUGUGAAUGAUUUUGAAUGGAUUAGCCAGUUAAGGUACUUCUGCGUUUUAUCUGUUGUAUUAGGGGCAGUUUGCGGUUUGUUAGAUACAGUAGGUCCCUAUUCUGCGUCGGAUGACGUACGAAUGCAGGAAUGACCGUUUUGGGAGGACUAACACUUGAAAAACUCUAAACGACUGCCGAAGGUAGUGCUUUCUUGGCGUAACCCGUGGCGCACUAAGCUGUGAUUAGAUCAGAGGGCUGAAGUAAGUCGUCUCAAACUACUUGAAAGCCACAAUGUAAAAUUGUUGGAGACAGUGAUAAUGGAAGUUACAAUAUUGGAUAGGGAUAAGGACACUAAACGUACCGGUUUCUUCAACAACUUUAACAAUCAGCCGCUUUUCAAGACAUUGCAGCUUAGGUGUACAGUAUUCUGUUGAUGAAAUCUAGCUGUAGUUUUGGUUUCCCUUUUGUUUUUUUUUUGGCCUUCAUGUCACUUAAAAAAUAAUGUAUCAUUCCAUUCAGGUACUACUGGGAAGACGAUAUGAUUAUUCGAGCAGUAAAUGCGCAGUUUGACUACGGCUAUGAGUACCUUGGAAACACAGGUCGGCUCGUCAUCACCCCCCUGACAGAUCGCUGUUAUCUUACUCUCACUGGAGCGCUUCAUCUGAAAUUCGGAGGGGCACCUGCUGGGCCGGCGGGCACAGGCAAGACAGAAACUACAAAGGUUAGCUGAACAGUUUUUUCUAACGUUGAAAGUUGCCACUAUCUUUAGUAAGUCAAAGGCCCAAUUUGAAAAGAUUGAAUCUUAAAAUAUAAGCAGUUUUCUAUAAUGUAUCAAAUACAACAGCUCACGGAUACUGUGGUAAAUUAACUGGCCAGGUCAAAAAAUAAAAAAAAAGUUUUGUUUCUUGGUUUGUUUGUUUCUGUCAUGGUUUGUCCGGUUUGGCCCAGGUCAAACGUUGAACUUCAGAUUCUAUUGUUCCUUUUUAUAUGGCUGAAUCCGUUAUUGACCAAGCUUGUGCCGUCAAAAUGGCUGUGUAUUGGUCUCAUUCUUUUUUGCGUCCUUAUUGACCUCAACUUCGUCUCGGUCAAAAAAUAAUAACAAUAAAAAAAGACAGCGAGAAAACGAACUCGGCCAACAUCCAGCCAUCAUCAGCGUCUAGGUCCGUCGCAUGUGAAGUUCCACGUUAGACCUUGGCCUUAUUCUCCACUGCUUGUCAGUUUCUAACGCUGUUUUAUGUUUAUGUUUUUACAGGAUUUGGGUAAAGCGAUGGCCGUUCAGUGUGUGGUGUUUAACUGCUCUGAUCAGCUGGAUUUCAUGGCUAUGGGAAAGUUUUUCAAGGGUUUGGCUAGGUAGGACUUAAUGCACUUGGUUCGAACUGAGUUUUUAAAUUAAGUUCGUUUUCCGGCCGUAGUUCAUCACUUGUUAUACCAGUUCUUCCCUUCAGUUUUUUUUAUGCCAGUCUGCAACAGGAAAGAGAGAGAAAGAGAGGUUUUUUUUAACAACAUAACUGGCUUGACCAAAAUCGUUCUGGUACUCGUUAUGGUACUCUUGUAGUCAAAUUGAAAGAUCCCUAUAAUUGUUGCUUUAUUGACGACUUUGUUAGUGCACCUUCAUCGUCGUCGUCGUUGUCGUCAUGCGAAAGCUACCGAAGCAGAUUUUGCAGUACGCAAAGACCUGGGCCCAGUUGUUGGAAAGGUGAAUAACGCUAUCCAGUUGAUAAAUACAAUGAUAACACAAUGGUUUUCCCAGUACUUAUCCGCUGAAUAGGGAUUUAUCCGGUGGAUAGCGCUAUCCAACGUUUGAACAACCGGGGCUUCGGCGUCUUCACUAUUAUUUGUAUUCGUUUACUUUAACCAUCUGUUUAUCAAGCAGCAGGUACUUGUGGCUUAGCAACCAAAACCGACUUUAUCAAUAAAGAUUACUUAAUCAGUUGUUAUGGUGUUUACACUGCUAACUAAACAUGAUGUUUCUGUACCGUGUAGCGCUGGUGCUUGGGCCUGUUUUGACGAGUUUAAUCGUAUAGACGUGGAAGUGUUAUCCGUGGUGGCUCAACAGAUAUCUACUAUACAGCAAGCUUUGGAAGCUAGGGUAGGUAUGACUUUGCAAGUGUUCUGAUAAUUCGUGGGCAAUUUCUGCCAAAAGAAUUUGAGGGCAGUUAUUCAAUAAUUUCGUUCUAGAACUAAUGUUUCGUGGGCGGUCUUGUUGAAGGCAUUUGACCAAUUAGUCUAACCUUGUGAACAAACUUAUCCAAAACCUUUCUUUCUAUAGUCAGAGAACACACAAUAGAAAGCAAGUUGUUUAUCGACUUUUCUUGCAGGCUGAACGUUUCAUGUUUGAAGGAGUUGAACUUGCGCUCAGACCGUCAUGUGCUGUGUUCAUCACAAUGAAUCCUGGAUACGCAGGAAGAACAGAACUUCCAGACAACCUAAAGGUGGGGACUUUUAAAGAUACAAAUAAGUAAAUGAAUGAAUAAAGAAAGAAAGAACGAUUUAGAGGUUGCAUAUAUGGGAAUUGAUUCCUCAUCUACCAUUCCUGGUUGAACUGGAAUUUCGAAAUGUUGGUUUCUGGGGAGAGGAGAAAACCGGAGUACCCGAAGAAAAACUUCUCGGGGCAAGAAAGAGAACCAACGACAAACUCAACCCACGUAUGGCAUCCACGCCGGGAUUUGAAUUCGGGCCACACUGGUGGGAUGUGAGUGCCAUCACCACUACGCCACCCUUGUUCCCCAGAGCUAGUUUACACUAGAGCAAUUUGUUUUGCAAUUUCUUCGUUAUUUCAGUUCUACACCAGUUGUUUAUGAAACUUUUAACAUUUUCCCCUCAGGCCUUGUUUCGUCCUGUUGCCAUGAUGGUUCCUGACUACGCACUGAUUGCUGAAAUCAGUCUGUUUUCGUUUGGUUUUUCUGAAGCAAAAGCCUUGGCCAAGAAAAUCACCACCACUUUCAAACUCUCCUCAGAGCAGCUUAGUUCACAGGUUUGUAAACAGAGAUUUGUUGUUGCUACUUUGAAAAUGGUUCUUCUACCAUAAUAAAAUUUUUUGAUAGUGAAAGAUAGUACACUAACCAUCGUUAACCAACCCCACACAGGACGCUCUCUCCUGUAAAUUGCUGAUCCUGACAGCAUGCGGUCACAACUGAGGCUUCCCAUGAGUCUUUCUGUAAAAAUGCCGUCUGGGACUUAAAGGUUUUAUUGUCCCUUGCUCGAGUCAUUAUAUCAUUUUGAUAUUAAGACAAUGUUCUUUACCGUAAGAGAUUGUAAGGUUCCAGCCGAGACUGAUUAAUAUAGUAGAAUGCGGUAUCAGACAAUAUGAAUUUUUUUUUGUUUCCAGUGAUUUCCUUCUCUUUGGCAUAAUAAUUUACGUUGUUUAAUUUCAGGAUCACUAUGACUUCGGUAUGCGCGCUGUGAAGACUGUCAUUUCAGCUGCAGGAAAUCUUAAGAGAGAAAAUCCAGAGAUGAGUGAGGUAAUUGGUGCAAUAUUAAUAUUAAUUACCAAUUUUAAUCGCAAUUGGGUUAUCACAAGAAAUGAAUUUAACCAAGCGCAAAGUGCGAUACAGUACUUUUUCCAGCCUUUUACGUGGUAUACAGGGCUGGCUUAGACAUUUCUUUCAAAGACCAAAGAACAAACGUGUCUCGCCCUUUUGAGGUUCUGAUAAAAUGUUGCCACGAUAUAAUGACAAUGUUUACAAGCGUCUCUUGUUGCUUUUUUGUGACCAUUAUAGAGGGCAGUAACUGGCAAUUAAAGGCAGUUAAUUAAGCAUUGAUUAAAAAUAACCUUUCUAUUCAGCUAGGCUGCUUUGCGUCAAUGUGCUGUGUUUCUUUGCGCCCUAGGAACUGAUUGUACUGCGCGCCAUUCGAGAUGUGAACGUACCGAAGUUCUUACAGGAUGACUUGAAGCUGUUUCGUGGAAUUGUUUCAGAUCUUUUCCCACACGUCAAGUUAGUGCCCAUAUUCCAUAUUCUUGCUGUAAACUUAGGGAGGGAACCGGAGGUUUACAAAUAGUCAACUAUUAGAGGGAAGGGAAAACAGCUCACGUGUCGUAUAGUGUUUUUUCUAGCAGUUUUCAUGGGAAAGCCGGUUCGAUUCACUUUUCCACACACACUCUUUUACCCCAUUUGAUACUGUACAACUGCACUAAUACCCAUAGGAAGUAAACCCCAUUAUCUUUCUGGGGUGGGAAGGUUGGGUUAAAAAUAAGUGAACGAGACACCGGUUAGUCGUAAAAGAAACAGAAAAUAGAAAUGAAACAGUGGCGAGUUUACGGAGUAUUUCAGUGAUAAUUACUUUGAGAAUGAUCGUCCGGGUGAACAUAGUCCUGAAUAGGACUGUUGUUGUUGACAGUGACUAACGUUUCGACAACCUGUGCGGUAAUCAUCUUCAGAGUCAAAGUGAGCAGGUUGGUGAGUUGUAUCACGUCAGUUGAUGGUAUUAAACUCUGACAUUACGAGUCUUCAUAUCCAGUAACAUCACGACUUUACUGACAGACGACCAAUAACAUCGCGACUUAAUUGACCAAUCAGGUCAGUAACCAGAGUUUAAUACCAUCAACGAACGUGAUACAACUCACUUUGACUCUGAAGAUGACUACAGCACAGGUUGUCGAAACGUCAGUCAGUGUCACAUUCAAGACUAAGUUAACCCGGACGAUCAUACUCAACCUACUCAUAAAAUGACUCCUGGGUUCAAACUUUUCACUAUUUCAGUAAUGUUCGUUUUAGUACAAAUUUCAAUGCAAAUGCUAUCGGGCAUAGACUUUCAGCUUAGGGUAACUUAGAGGGCCAUAGAAUCCCAUAAACAGUCACUUCAUGCCGUAGUCUUAUUAAGCGUUUCGCUGAGACCUUUGAGACUUUUAUUUUUAUAUUUGAGCUUAAAUACCAAAUGUAUACAAACAGGAACGAAUAACACGAAGGUAGUUUGAAAGAGGUUAAGUAUUUUAAGCGAAAAAUUCCCUAACGGUGCUGUGUUGACAUUUUGUUUCAGAGAGCAACCUAUUGACUAUGGUGAUCUGGAAGACUCCAUUCGUAAGACUUGUCUGAAACUUGGACUGGAGGAUGUAGAUGGGUUUGUUACUAAGUGUAUCCAGUUGUACGAGACAACUGUAGUCAGGCACGGACUUAUGUUAGUGGGUCCUACUGGAUCGGGAAAAACAAGGGUGAGUGUCUGCCUCCUGCAUAAAGGUACGGUAAAACUAGCCCACGUGUAGCCGCACCCUUCCCCCGGCAAAGGAAAAACGUCGGGGAAGGGUGCGGCUACACGUAGGCUACGGUAAAACGGGCAGCAAAAAUGCAAAACGAGUUGAAUAGCGAUGUGCGUUUUACCACCCAAGAAUUGAACCUGUCUCAUAACAAAUUAAAUUAGGUUGUUGCAGGUUACGAAAAGUUGUUGCAGAAAGUGAGGAGUAGUUCUACUUUUUACAACAAAAUCUGUGCAUGUUUCGCGUUUUACCGGCCCAAGGCAAACUUAUUGCUUUGUAGAAAUUGGCGUACCUUCUGUGUAUGGCGUGACUCCCGCGUAAUUUUAUCCAGUCAGUCGCAGUUGAUGAUUCCUACCUCUCUUACGUUUUGUUUUCAGUGUUACGAGGUUCUAAAGAAAGCUCUGACUGCACUGAAGGGCAAAGAUUCUCCAUCCGGCUCCCCGUAUGAGGAGGUACACACGUUUGUGUUGAAUCCCAAGUCUAUUACAAUGGGACAGUUGUAUGGAGAGUUUGACUUGCUAACACAUGAAUGGUGAGUAAUGAAAAUUCCGUGAUAAAUAUUUAUAUCUAAUCGAAAACAUCGAGAAUGCGGCCAGAGCUUUUACUCGGGCAAAUGAAGUUGGCGCCAAGCAAGAAACAGGUCGAUAGUAACCUAAAUAUUGAGUAAGAGGAAAGAUGUUCUGCGCUCCUCUGAUAUCGUGACGUUGUGAUUAGACGCUCAUCGCAUUUUCCCGUUCAACCAAUUCCAGCGAUCUGCAACAUAACUCGACCAAGUUUCUUGCAGCAGCGUCAUUUCUGCGCAGUGUUUUGUCAUUGCUUGGGGUUUGCAGGUCGGUUGACUUUUAUGUUUUCUGUUUUAAGGACUGACGGCAUCUUAUCGUCCAUGAUCCGCGUGGGAAGCUCCAGUACCACAAGUGACAAGAAAUGGUACGUGUUUGACGGACCAGUUGACGCCGUGUGGAUUGAAAACAUGAACACUGUUCUGGACGACAAUAAGAAGCUUUGUCUUACAAGCGGAGAAAUCAUCAAACUCAGUGAGGUAAAAUACAGUUAAACCUGACUUCAUAUUUUACUCUAACUCGACCCUUAUAAGGUUUACUCGAACCUUGCAAAGGUUUUUUACUGCGUUUCCAGUCAUGGAAUGAAUGAAAUUCUCGAUCACUCGGCCAGCACGGUCUCCCAUUUUAUGGUUUGCUUAGUUCUGCUUUAGCUCUACGGUACUAGUAACAAGGCAACAGCUGAUGACCUAGGUGAGAAAAAGGAACUACGUGAUAUACUAAUUGCCGAUGUGAAAUUAAGAAAAAAUCAUCAACACAGGUAUGAACACAACCCAAGCAAUUCUGAAACGAAGGCCUCAACCCAUGACCUUCGUGUUACCGUUACUAUACUCUCUUAACAAACCUUGGAAAUCACUGACGUCGUCACUUCUAGGUUUUUUCUCUUUUUCUAAGACUUUUUUUGCUGUUAAAAUUUUUAUCAAUGCUUUCAAAGAUACAUACGACACAAGCUUGACAUCUCUGGCUUAAGUGUCACUCUGGUAAACCCACUGUAUUCUAAAUCAACAGGCAAUGACGAUGAUGUUUGAGGUGAUGGAUCUUGCUGUAGCUUCCCCGGCUACAGUCAGCCGUUGUGGUAUGGUUUACCUGGAACCUAGUAUCCUGGGCCUUCAGCCUUUUGUAAACUGUUACCUGAAAACACUUCCUGACGCCAUAUUCGAUCACAAAGACAAGCUACAGUCAUUGUUUGACAGAUUUUUAGAGGUAACAGAUCAUUUGUUUUUUUGAUAACACUAUUGAGAACGGGAAAAACGAUCAUCAUAAUUAAUGUCAUAAUUACGAUAGUGAUAAUAGGCUGAACACACAUUUUGACCGGAAAAGUUUCAAAUGGGGGAGCGGGACUAGCUUUCAAACUUCCACUUAUUUCCGGUAGUUUUCCAGUGGAACGCCACGAAAACGGAAUUUUUGGAAUACCUUGCUAAAUGGAAAGCGAUCUAGAUGUCUAUUUCCACCCUGUCAUCCAUGCUCUAUAAGACUGGUGCACCUAAGAUCUUAAACGACAGUGCUGAUCGUAAGUCAGCGUGCACUGUUUUAUUGUGUGUUGCAAAUUUUCUAAGAGCUGUAUAUCUUUACUAAUCGUUAGGAUUCACUCAAGUUCUUGAGGAAUAACACGAAGGAGUAUGUGCCUACCGUGAACAGCAAUCUCACUUGCAGUCUCAUGCGUAUCCUGGAUUGUUUCUUUGCUCCGUUUGUCCCUAAGGAGGUUUGUACUAAAUCCACCCAGCUAUUUAGAUAUGCACAGGGACCCCUAUAGCCUUAAAGCGUUAUUUUUUAUAUAAAAUGUUCAAUUCCUUUGAUUUAUCUAUCAAUCUGGUAAAAAUGGUUGCAAUUAAUUAAAGCCUGGAUCGCGAAUAUAUCAGAUACACGUUAGUGUGUGUGGUAAAAAAAAAACAUGCAUACCUAAAACUGAUUUUGAAAGAGAAGAAUUAAAACAUACGUAAACUCCUGAUGAUUCAUGUGAAUGAAAGAUAGACAGUGGAUCAAAGCUUUAAAAAUUCAGUUCAGGCUUCACCGAGGUUCAAACCUGGAACUUUGAAAUGUUUUGUCGAAUUGAGCUGAUAAAGCUAUCUGGAAAGUAUGCAGGCCACUUGUAAGUUUUUAUUAUUUAUACAGUUCACGGAAGUGAUAAGUUGAAUGCAUGUGAAAUACAUCUGAAAAACGCGUAUGAAUACAUAAGUAAAUAAACAAAAAUUAAAUAAACAAAUAUAAAUAAAUAAAUAAAUGAAGUUUAUAAAUAAGUAAAUGGAUAAACAAGUGAAUAAAUGGUAGAUGUAAUCAUGGCAAACGUGUGAUCAACCCAAGCGGUUGUAAAGGAACUUGAAAAAUCCGGACUUGACCAGGAUUAGAGCUCUGACCUUUGCGGCGACUGGGCGCAACACCCAUCCUACAGGGCUAUUCAAGACCUCUUAAAGAGCAGGGCAGUUGUAAGUGAAAACAGCUUUUUGCUAAUCUGUAAAGGAACGCUUUCAUCGACUGCCUAUUAUACUCAGAUAAUCAAAUGGGAAUAAUUGAUAUAAAAUUGGCAACAUCCAUUUCUUAAUCAACCUUGAUCAUCGUUAACCUCAUAUGGCAAACUUUGCUUGUACAGGGCGAGACCAUCCCUGCAGAGAACAUAGCGUUAGUGGAAACGUUGAUCGAACCCUGGUUUGUCUUUGCUCUCAUUUGGUCUGUUGGAGGAACGUGUGACGGAGACGGAAGAAAGAAGUUCAGUGAAUAUUUAAGAAAGAAGAUGGACGAGGAGAAGGUAACUGUACACUUCACGCUAACCGUCUACCUCCGUUUUUAGCGUGAAGAAAAUCGGAAUAGGUCUUAUUAAUGGGAGUUUUUUGCCUUCUACAACAAAGAUGAGAACGUGGGAUGUUAAUUUUGAGUUUUUAAAUUACAGGUUACAAUGAAAUUUCCUAGUCAUGGUCUGGUGUACGAUUAUGCUCUUGAAGAUGGUGGAGUUAGCCGUAAAGACGAUGAUGACGAUGACGAUCAUAAAGCAGGAGAGGUGAGAACAUUGAAAAUCUACAAAGAAAGCCGUGUCACGACAGUAAAGUUCAUUUUGUUACAUUUUGCCAGUUACUCGUUAGGAAACAUGAUACUGGCAAAGAACUUGUUUUUAAAAGCCAAAAAUUGGCCUUGUGAUAAAGAAAUAUUUGUAACAAGCGUUACCUGUCUUAAAAAAAACCUCCAAUUCCCGUCCGCUUUUACCUUCUUAAGUUUUGUUUAUCCGUAGCUUAAUUCGUAUUUGCUGUGAUAUUCAAAUGUUGUAUCACUGUUUUUUUGUUCUUUCACCACUUUGAUAACCAAUUCGCUUUGGCUGAAUUUGACUAUUGCGUUAGAUACAGAUUAACUUCUGUAAUGCAUGGGGUAAGGUCAGUACACAUGGAAUUAAAAAGAACACCGUCGCCCUCUUUUCUCAGAAAGGAACCUAUUGCCGUUCUGUGUUAGAUGAAUUGCAGAUACCUGUAUUGAGUAGAAAGUAAACCAAGGGUUACUGACAAGUGAUAGAGUGAUAAAACCGUUCUUUGGAAUGUUGCAGGUGAAAUGGGUAAGCUGGAUGGCAAACGUAAGUCAGCCCAACAUUCCAGCAGAUAUGAAUUACUCUGACAUCAUCAUACCCACCAUGGACCUAGUCAGAGGAUCAUUUCUCUUGGAAAUGCUGCUGGUAAACAACAAGAAGGUACGUUCCAUUUGUAGUGCUGUUGGCUAUAGCGACCACCCUCUUCUCCUACAUUAGUACACAACAGUAGGUGAUGAAGUAAGUGAAAUAAACAAACAUGAAUUUACCUUCCUUUCACUUCUUUUGGCGCUUCGAUGAUUUGUUGGCUUGAUAUGGCAACAUCUAAUAAUAAUAAUAAUAAUAAUAAUAAUAAUAAUAAUAAUAAUAGCGAUAAUGAUAAUGAUAAUGAUACUAAUAGUGUUUAAUUUCGGCUUUCAAACUUAUCAAACUGGCUCUUCAGUAUUUGAGUGCAGAGAAAACAAACCUUCCGGAAAGUUUAAAGCUUUAACUAAUGAAGUGUUGAGGCCUGUACAUGAGAUUGUUUUGCUUGUUCUGAAUUUCUCGCUUCCUCUUUUUUUAAUUUUGGUUACUUGUUCUACUCAGGUUAUGUGCGUGGGUCCAACAGGAUCAGGCAAAACACUGUGUGUAGCAAACAAGUUGCUUAAUAACAUGCCAAAAGAGUUCCUAUCUCAUUUCCUGAACUUCUCUGCACGAACGUCUGCUAAUCAGACACAGGAUAUUAUAGACAGCAAACUGGACAAGAGGUAUGGCUGACCAGUGUUUUGCAUCUUGUUUAUUAGAGUACUCGUCGAUCUUUCAACUCUGGCAACCUCUUAUCAUAGUGCAAGAAAGGAAAAAGAAAGGGAUCUAGGACUCGAUUCCCGUCGGUGAAUCAAAUUCAGUUCUUUACACUUGCGUUUGUAACCUCAUGAUGGCUACAGGGGUGCAAAAAGAAUAUUCCACCCAAUUUGCAUCGGCACUAGAACGACUGCAGCGACUUAAACACCAACUGAACUAUGUAAAACCUGCACAACACAGAAUAACCUGAGAGAAGGCUGUGCCUGCAACCAACAGAACACAGUCUCUGUAAUAUGCAGACGACCAACACCAACACCCUCCAUCCCUUUGCUCGUGUAUCAUGACCGUAAAUCGUGUUUCUUUUUUUGUCAGACGUAAAGGUGUAUUUGGUCCUCCUCUUGGGAAACACUUUGUAUUCUUUGUUGACGACCUGAACAUGCCAGCUCUUGAGGUGUAUGGCGCUCAGCCGCCAAUAGAGAUCCUACGUCAGUAUUGUGAUCAUAAAGGGUGGUACGACAGGAAAGCCAUAGGUAUGUCCGUCUCUAGUGACUUGGAGAGUAUAAUCGCGCUUGCGAGGGGUCAGCGUCUUUACCCUUGUCAAUUUACCUUGACAACUCAGCUAGUCUUCCUUCCCGGCGCAGCACACACUUCUGUUAUCAUGUAAUUGACCCCCCCCCAGGAUGCCCAGGGGGGGGGCAUGAGCACAUUUCGUUUGUAUUUUCGAGCGCUUUCCGGGACAUGUUUUCGUAAAGGUUUCUUAGAAUAAGAUUGUAAUGGGAAAAAAGAGCCUUGUGCCAUGUUUGGAUGUAAUAAUGAUCGCCUUUUUUCCGAGAAAUAUACAGUGAAAGACCAUAUUUCUAAUACUAAACUACUGUAGAAAAAGGCGAUCAUUAUUGCAUCAAAACACGGCACAAGGAUCUUUUUGCCCAUUACAAUCUUAUUCUAAGAAAACUCUAAGAAAAAAUGUCCCGGAAAGCGCUCGAAAAUACAAACGAAAUGUGCUCAUUCCCCCCCGGGCAUCCUAUAAUACUCCUUAAAUCGAAUUAAUUCAAUAUGGCAGCCGUAUCGGUAUAAAGGUCUAUUAAGUCGAAAAGACAAAUCUGGUAAAAUAGAUGCUGUGGUUCAUUAUCACAUAUUACCAAACGGAUUCCUUAAAUUAAAGGAAAGUAAAAUUUGCUUUGGGGAUAAAAUUGGACCACAACAUAUACACCUCGAGGAAAGGAAAUGACAGCUUUUUUACUUAAACGUUUUUGAUCGCAAGACUGUCAUCUCACUUCUCCUUAUGUUAUCUGAUGUUAUCUGAUGGUGUUGAUAGCUACUGCUAUUUACAACUUGUUGAAUGUUACCGGCCGCGUUUGCAGUUAACUGUCAAGUAGAACCAAAAGUCCGUUUAACAACAAGGGGAUCGUAAGCUUUCGAUAAAAGUCUUGCACCAUGAGUCGGAACACAUACGAUUUUCUUUCUUUACUCACAUCCAUGUUCUUCACAUGCUCGAGUGAAGCAUGAUUUCGACUGCUAAACACGGGCAUUUACUUUGUUUCGUAUCUUAGGCGUUUUCCUAUGGCCCAUAUUUCACAUUUUAUGAUCUCAUUAUAGGAACCUUUCGUGAACUUGUGGAUAUCAACUUCGUGUCAUCCAUGGGUCCCCCAGGUGGUGGAAGAAAUCCGGUCACUCCCCGAUUCCUAAGGCACUUUAAUCAUCUCUCAUUUACUGAGCUAGAAGAUGAUAGUAAACAUCGCAUCUUUGCUACUAUUCUCAAGUCCUGGAUAGGUAAGUCCUCAAAAGUAACCUACAUUUCCAGCUUAGUUGCCUCGCCACAUGGGCGUCCUCAUUGUAGCUUUAAUUUUGCUUCCGAGAUCCAAAUUCUGUCAAACCAAAAACCACAUGAAAUCGAUGCACAGGAAACAGACCGACUUUAUGAGCUAGAAAAGGCAGAAGAACAUGUACGCGUUAGAAUCUUACAAAGCAUAAUAUACUCGUUAUAAAUUACAUUUUAGCUAGAUAUUCUAGUUAGAGCCUAGCCUAGCUAUAAAGGUUGAGAACAUCCGAGAGAAUGACUGCGUACGUGCUGUAUUACAAGACUCCAUAGUCGUGUUGGUCUGUCAACACAUUUUCAACCGCCAGAGGAACAACAACAAAAAAAUGAUUUAUGUAAGUGUAUACCGAAACAUGACUAACGACGGCGAUUCACAGACGUCUCUCUCCCCGAUUUUUUUUGGGGGGAGGGGGGUUCUGUACACAGGCUAUUACAUACUAGUAGUAAUCUCAGAGUAGGAAGUGCGUUUGAGCUUUUUCAGGUUUACUGUCAGAUGUGACGUUAUUUACUAAUAAAUUGAUGCCGCAAAACGCUUUCUAUAUGUUUUUUUUUUUUAAAAGAAACAAUACAAAACAAAAUGACCACGAAAAAAAGAAAAAAGUUUCACCCGGCUGGAGUCGAACCCCAGACCUCUGAAGUGUCAGGGCAACGCGUUAUCUAUUGCGCCACUCAACCACUUCUAAAACCAUAUGAUUAAUUGCAUUUAACAUUAUUGUGCCCACGAGAUAAAUUUUUCAAGAUGGCGCAGAAAAUGCAGACGUACGCGGACGAAAUGAGUACCACAGGAAUCCCAACUGAGUACCACAGAAAUCCCAAGAUUAUGUGUUGCGUUCGACGUAAGGAGAACGCAACAAGCAGUAUAGUGUGAUGUUGUUGGGCCGUUUGGGAAAUAUAUAGAAACGACCACCAUAUGCCAUGGUAGAUAAAUCCACCUCUUUGUUUCUCAAAUUUCAGGCACGUUUUUCCUUCUUAGUUAGUUCUUAUAUGUUGUUAAAACUCAUCUAACAAACUUUUUAACUAUAUUGCAGAGAGGAGCAAAGCUUUAGCAGGUUAGACUAGCGUAGAUGACAGGUUAUCAUGUAGGUGGGCAGUUACCCAGAAACCUCAAUGGUGAUCCGAUUAUUUUUCGUAAAGAAUUUGUUCGUAAUUCCAAUAAAUUCAAUAAUCUGUUUUCUUCUCAGGACUGCGUUGGAAUGUAUCAGUUUUUGUCUUUUCUUGUGGUAUUUAUUUAACUUUUUUAUUUAUUUAGGUUCAUACGGUGGCAGUGAUAAGGAAUCACUUUGUGACAGUUUGGUCAGGAAUACCAUUGCGGUUUAUAACACGGUUAUAACCCAGGUAAACACAUCUGGAACCACAACACACCAACCAAACUUUGCAGUGAUUUCUUAUUCAUAUUUAUGAACACCUCUGGACAUGUGCGUGUUGUGGUUCAAUUUUAUCCUUGGUUUAAAUUUUAUUUCCCUUUGUUUUUGGGUAUGGUAAAUUACCAUAAUUACCGUAAUGUAUGAUAAUGAGUUUAAAACAAAGGGAAAUAAAAUUUGAACCACAACAUACCCUCUACAUAACAGAAGGCCGUGUAGGAUUGCUGCCUUAAGUAACUGUACUUAUUGUUUUCACGUGCCGUGAAAAUUCGAUUAAAAGUUGUUGGCCCGUACAAUAAGCAGCUGCUUUCACCAGCGAUAAGCAAGAACGAUGUCUCUGUGGUUAAAGCACAGGCAGCCCAAACUUACGCUGUAAAUUAAUUUACAUACCAUAGAUGACGCGCCGGUGUCGCGUUACAGGCGACCGUUGAAAAUAAAUGACUUUGUAUGAGGAAUAUAUUACUGAGAUCUGCGAACGCUAAAUAAUGUUAAACCUUACUUUUUUUCAAUGAAAUGAAUAAAAAAGACUUACCUGCGAUGUAUUCCACUGUGUUUGGGUGUUUGCUUGUCGUUUCACUCGUAUUUUUGGCUUUAUUGCGUAACCACUGUUACUCCCUUAGAACAAAGGGGCGCGUCACCUAUGGUAUGUAAAUUACUUUACACCGUGAGUUUGGGCUGCCUGUGGAUAAAGUAACGCACAAGUGCCGCGUGUGCACAGGCUAUCCAUUUACUACGAAGUCUGGUGUAUCUUAUCCAAUCAUAAUAAAAUCCAAACAAUCAUCUUUCAACUCUACCGAUUAAAAGUACUUUGUUCAGAGCUUGAAAUAAUUUUGCGACUGGCGGCCGUCGCGUUCUCCACUCAAACCUAUUUUUGCUCGGACGCAACCCGUUUUUGGCCAGGCAAUUACAAAUAUUUAUUUCAACAUACCUUUAUGAAACUAAAUUUUCGAAUGUUUAGAAGCAUAAACAACCGGAUCUUAGUGUCUGUUCAUCCAAGGCUUUGACCGAACAAAGCCCACUUCUGACCGGACAUUGUCCGUUGACUGGCCGUCAUUUCAAGCCCUAUUAAAUUUUUUAAAAAAUGCAAUAAAUUUAGUUGCUAGGAUUCAAAACGUCGAAUGGUGUAAUCUGACCAAAUUCCUGCCAUUCAAAUUACAGUUGCUACCUACUCCAGCCAAAAGUCACUACACUUUCAAUUUGCGCGACUUGUCCAAAGUUUUCCAAGGAAUUCUCAUGGCUCUGCCGCAGAAGCUGGAGGAUAAAAGUGAUGUGCUGAGAUUGUGGUACCACGAAAACUGCCGAGUGUUCCAGGAUAGAUUGGUCAAUGAUGAGGACAGAAAAUGGUUUGUGGACUUGAUUCGAGAUAAGAUGGCGUCUGGAUUUGAGACUUCCAUGGACGAUGUUGUUAAAGAUUCAACCAUGAUUUAUGGUGAUUUCAUGGUUCCUAGUGCUGAGAAUAAGAUUUAUGCUGAAGUGCCCGAUUUCCACAAGGUGAGCCUGCCCUCAAAAUCAUUUCAUAUCGUUAAUUGAACCAAUAUAUCAGUGAGCUAGCAGCCUUUAGUUUUCCAUUCAUUGAACUGAUGGUCAUUUUUUCUUCUGUCAAGCAGUCAAGCAGUCAAUCAGGCGGUCCUUCAGUCAGUCGGUUGGUCAUUCGUUGCAUCAAUCAAAAACGUAUUGCCCGCUCUUGGUCAGUUUGUCAGUCAGUCAGUCAGUGAGCUAGUCAGCCAGUCUGGCAGUCUGCCAGUCUGCCAGUCUGCCGUAUUGCCAUUCUGCCAGUCAGCCAGUCUGCCAGUCUGUCGUACUGCCAUUCAGCCAGACCGGUAGUCAGCCAGUCUGGCAGUCAGCUGUACUGCCAGUCAGCCAGUCUGCCAGUCUGUCGUACUGCCAUUCAGCCAGACCGGUAGUCAGCCAGUCUGCCGUAUUGCCAUUCAGCCAGUCUGGCAGUCAGCCAGACCGCUAGUCAGCCAGUCAAUCAGUGUACUAGUCUGUCAGUUCAAAUAUCUUUCUAUCGAUGGAUUGACCUACUCAUCAUUCACGUAUAUCAGUUCAAAAGGUACUUUCCCUUAACCACCCACGUCAACAAUGAAAGUAUCGAAAAGGCACAAAACUUCAGUUUAAUAAGUCAACAUUUACCUUUCUUUCACAGUUUAUAACUUAAUUCUCCUCGCAUUUUCCUUGGUUUUGAGUUUCUUGCUUCCCUUAACAGAUGGUCAAAAUCAUGGAGGAAUACCUUGAUGAUUACAAUCAGAUCAACACCGCUCAGAUGAAGUUGGUUCUAUUCUCUGACGCCGUACGUCACGUGUCACGAAUAAGCCGUGUGAUUCGUCAGCCUCUCGGCAACGCCCUUCUGUUGGGUGUUGGAGGAAGUGGACGCCAAAGUCUUACAAGACUGGCAGCACACAUGUGAGUUUAAGGGGGUAGCUUCUUGAAUUUUCUUUUUCUAGUCAUUAAAAGUGUCAAUUUUUUUUUAUUUGGGUUUUCUGUUUGCAAUUAUUUGAGCUGAGCGCUUGUAAGCUAGCCAGUGCAUUUCAUUGAUUUUCUCCAUAAACAAAGUAUAUACAUUGUACAUUAAUGUUUUGGGAUUUGUAGAGGAACAAGGAAUAGCGCAGACGGUUAGUGCGCAGCUUUCUGUGCAUGAGGUUCCAAGUUCGAUUCCCUGGGGUCAAUUUACUAAAACUUCUACAAGUGUAAUUUACAAGUGUAGCUAUUGUUUUGAGACCCUAAUGGCUACACUUGCAUAUUACACUUGUAAAAGUUUUAUUAAAUUGACCCCUUGUGUGACCUCAGAUCCUUGUUUCGACUCCCUUUCUUUCUGUGUAAAUUUUAAUAAGAAGCUUUAAAUACCCGUUAAACGGAGGAGGUCACCCGAGCCACACGAAGGCCCAGCCGUUUGUAGGGCAAAGGCAGUUCGUUCAUUUCUCAGUUGUUUUUAGGCCCUGAGUCCUCUCCUGAGUAUCGAACCUGCGACCUUUCACUCUACAGUCCAGCGGUCUACCGACUGAGCUAAUCCUGCCGCGGUCACAGGAAAAUGAGUUCUUCACCUUUUUACCUUCCUUACUACAGGGCUGAGUAUGAGUGUUUCCAGAUCGAACUGGCGAAGAAUUAUGGUGUUCCUGAAUGGCGUGAAGAUCUAAAGAAAGUGUUGCUGAAAUCAGGAGUGGAGAACAAAUCCAUGGUGUUUCUGUUCAGUGAUACACAGGUAACCAUUGGGAGAUAACAGUCAACAGAGUGUUGCUUGACACCAUUUGAUGUUUUUUUUACCCAGUAGGGUUGCGAGAAAAUCGUUAGGUGGUUUAUAAGCAGUGAUUGCAGGGCCUGUCUUUCUUGUUAUAGCUUUUUUAUCGAAGGGAAUUCUGCUUUCUUUUUGUGCAGAUCAAAAGCGAAAGUUUCUUGGAAGAUCUGAAUAACAUUCUGAAUGCUGGCGAUGUUCCUAACAUCUUCGCUCAGGAUGAACUGGACACGAUCUUUACAGCCAUGAAACCUGUGGUACUUGACCUGGGGAUGCAACCAACCAAAGCCAAUCUAUACUCUGCUUUCACUAAACGAGUGAGGGCCAACACCCAUUCAGUUGUAUGUAUGAGGUAGGUCGUCUACGUGGUUACAUGCGGUUUGCCUGAGGCUGUCAUAUUCCCCAUUCGUAUUAAAGCUUAAACUUGUUUAAAAGCUGUUUAGUUAAACACGGUUUAAAUUUGUAUUCUUUAAAAAAGCUGCGUACUGUACUUUUAUUGAUGGCAAAUUUAGUGCAAUCAUAUAAAAUGUUAAAGUUCAUUUGAAUUCUGUGUAAACGCCUGCGUUUAAGUUCUCUGUCACUGAUUUUCAUUUUUUAAACCUUGUUUAAUUAAACCUGUUUAGUACGGUUGAAUGGGGCAACAGUAUGCCAGUUUAGCAAGUAUGUCUGUCUGUCCGCUUCCUCCUCUUUCGCGCAUUGCAGUGAAUUAUUUAUAUACUGAUUUACUUUCUGCCUUACAGCCCAAUCGGUGAGAUAUUUCGAGCGCGUCUCCGACAGUUUCCGUCUCUUGUGAACUGUUGCACCAUUGACUGGUUCUCAGCUUGGCCUGAAGAAGCUCUCCGAUCUGUAGCCUCCACCUUCCUUGGAGAAAUCCCUGAGCUUGAAGACUCUUCUGCAAUGGAAGGAUUGGUAUGUUAGGGUUCGGAACUUUUUAAAUUACAGUCGAACCUCUACUAAUGGUCAUUGCUUCUCGACUGAAGGGCGACAUUUCUUCGUCUCCACAGAUACUCUUCCCCCUUAUUUGAACCCAGCGCUCUACAACGGCCACUUGCCUUUGUUCAUUCCGCCAGAUGACCCACUUGGAAAUCGUAUCCCAAGCAGAUUUUCUUUGGGCCUCGUCAAGCGUUCCUCCCCACAAAGGAACGAAUGGCGAAGCCUAAAGAACGUCUGCGUGGAAGGCUAACUUGGACAGUCUCUUUGUCGUUUGAGAAACACCGAGAAAUUUCACAACAUUUAUGUGAAGUAAUCGUUGGUUCAAUCACUCUGUAUGAGAGAAAUCGUUAUAACUUAUCCAAUUUCUUUUCCAUCUCUUAUUCAUUUUUCUUCCAGCCACUUUUUGAGAUGAAUGCGGAUUAUUUUUUUUAAACCAUCCGUCCAAUAUAAUCGGCCCAAAUAAAAAUACUUUAUCAUAUAGGAAUCACAUUUCCCUUAUUUACCUGCAGGUUACAAUAUGUGGAGUUAUUCAUCAGUCAGUAGCCCUCAAGUCUAAACAAUAUCUUGCUGAGUUAUCGCGACAUAAUUAUGUCACACCUACCAGGUAAUGGCAAGAAUUUACCUAAAAUGUUAAAAAAUAUCACUUAUUUUUUCGUCUAGUACUUUUUGGUUUGUAACAAUUUCAUUUUUUCUACAGCUACUUGGAACUUCUUGGGACUUUCCGAAAGUUAGUUGGCUUGAAGAAGUCGGAGCUAUUGACAGCAAGAAACCGCACAAAAACUGGUUUAGACAAGGUAAGUACUUUGGCAACACUUGAAUAGUAUGCGUAAUAUUGGGAACUUCCGUUAUGAAACAAUUUGUGAAGAAAGGUAUGAUGUUAUUAUUGUCUAAAUGCAAUGUCACUUUGUUGAACGAACACAAGCGCUUGACCUGAUUCUCAAACUGCCGCAAGUUUCCUCAAACGUAGUGGAGGAAUUGUUAGAAGUGAGUGACCCCGACCUCGUUUGAGAAUCAACUGUCAAAUUUCGCUGAGGUUUGCCGUGGUGAAUUUUGUGAAGUGCCCGUCCAUAUCACAUGUCAUUAGAGAGGUUAAGCAUCACGUUUGCGUCAAAUGGCAAACGCAAAUUUGUACCACGUGAUCAAGUUUCCUUUUUACUUGUCGUUUACUGUUCAUUAUUUCCACAAAAAAAUUAGUAGUUUCACGCGAUUUUUUAUCCAUAAGAAUUGCUUUGAGCUGUUUUUUUCCUGCUCAUUUUCUAUUUUGAGAAAUUCCCAACUUGAAUCUGACGUUUGCCGUUUGCCGUCUACGUGAUGCUUAAACUCUCUAUUCUACAGUCGAAUCCGUCAGCGGAAAAAAUGAAGCGAAUUCUGUGUUUCCAUUGGCUACCCGAGCGGUCAAGAUAGGCCUGUCGAGCCCGCUUGGGAUUUCCCGCGUUAGUCCCACACGCAAGAGAACGUUUUCGUUUUGGAUGUAUAAUAAAUCCUUCAUUGACCAUGCCUAUUCGGUCGAAUAUUUGCCUUGUUCAAUUUUGCGAUUUUAUUGAACUAGACCUCGUCUCGGUCCAUAAAAACGCAGAAAAGAACUUAGCCAAUAUCCAGCGAUCUUGAUCUCACGCUCCUGUCAUGGUUUGGCCAUUGGCAGCUAUGACGGGUUUUGGAUAAUACUGGGUCGGUGUUUAGCUGAGAGAGUGUUUAAUAAAAUUUGCACCCAAAAUAGUCGAGGGCCGCGUUGUUCAAGCCCGGGCUAGCGCUAAUCGACCUUCGAACAAGUGGGCUGAGUCCCGACCCAUUUUAAGCGUCAAUUGCGCUCUUACCAAUGUUUUCAGAUAUAGAAACGUUUUCAUUCCCGUGACCAGCGGUUGUGUUAGUUUCUUCAAAGAAAGGAAUUCUUAACGUAGGAAAAGAGCUUAAAUCCUGUAAGACUACAUUGUGCACAAUGCUGCCGCCAUUUCUUGUAAUGGGGUGUCUUAGCAUCGACGGUGGUGACGUCACCGGAAACGCCACUUUUAAAAUGAAAUCUUCCUGUUUCAAACUUUGUCGCGUUUAUUCCAGUUCUGUGAAAAUGUCAAAUGAAGGCGAAUUUCCCAGAGGUUGAUUUCUUGGGCACCGCAUUCAAGUUUAGAAAGAGAAAGAAAAAUCGUCGUCCCUCAGUUUUUACGUCCUCCAUUAAACGUGAAAUUAGGCAUUUUCACGUCGUAGUCGUGCAUUGACGGCAAAGAAAUAUACAAAAAAGGCGUGCUGCACGUGCAUGGUUGUUGUUUUGCUUAUCAAACCUAUAGAGUGUUUUCACUCUCGUGGCCAGCAUCUAUGCGAAUUUAUUGGAACAAAAGAAAACGUUUGGAUAAGAAAAGAGUUCAACUCCCACAGGACUGGUUUGGGACACCAUCAUGGCCGUCGUUUUAUUGUUUUGGGACUCCAAUAUGGCCGCCGUGACGUCAUGUGAAUACACUCUAUUGCUUCUUUUACUUUCUCGUCGCCGUCGCCGUCGCCGUCGCCGUCGUCGUUGCUAAAGUUCCCUAUAGUUUUCUGUACGCCAAUGUGGUCGACGUGACGCCACGUGAAACCGUUCUAUAUUCUGUGUUGAAGGCGUUGUUGGUUUUAUUUCUAUUAUUUUUCUCAUCUUCGCUGCAUAGUUGUUAAGCACAGCUGAUGAAGUGGAGAAAUUACAGGAAGAAUUGGAGUCCAUGCAGCCUUUACUAGCUCAGGCAGCCGAAGAAACCGUCGAGACCAUGGAGAAAAUCAAAGUUGACUCGGUAAGAUACAUCUAAUAUAGUUUCAAUGACGUUGUCGUACAAAAAUGAAAAAAGAAAAAAGCCAAAUAGGAAUUAAUUAGGCUAAUAAGCUUAAUUCGCCACUUGCACAUUUCCCAUGAUGCACCUUAUUUGCCCCCCAAAAUUCUGCAUAAGCAUUGUUUUCAAGUUCUCUUGGGUCGGCUGUAACACCAGGAGAAGUGAAAAACAAAGGUUAUUCAAAAUUUGGGGGAUAAGGUGUGUUAUGGGAGAUGUGCAAUUGCAAAAUGAAUUCAUUUGCAUUAUCUCCUCGUGGACGUCGCAUUUGCCUGUUGGAAUUUGCUGUUGUUUUAAAGCUGAAAAACAAUAAAAAAAAUUGGAGCGGAGAAAUGCAACAGCUGCAAAUGAAUCCACCGUGAGAAUGUGGCUUAAUUAGCCUAAUUAAUUCCUAUUUGCGUUUUUCCUUUGUUCAUUUUUCUACGACAACGUUAUAGAAAUAGAGCACAUUCGAUAUAUUAAAAUUCUAAAGUGACCCUAAGGCUUUGUGGUCAUUUUUCUAUAUUUGGUUUGGUUUUCUUUGUGCUUAAGUCUCCUCUGGGAAUUGCGAGACAAUGGAGUCUUGAAAAAUUUGCAAUUUUGACCCUAAAGUCUCGGAGUCAUGAUAGAAUUUUUGUAUAUCGAACGUAGGCUAUUGACCACUCCAGAAAAUACCGUAACAUACCAUAAUGCUCUUUGAUUGUCACCCCAAAAUUUUGCAUAAGCAUUGUUUUCAGUUUCUUUGGGGCCAUUUUAACUCCCUAGAGAAACUGACGACAAUUCUUAUGCAAAAUGUGGGGGUGACAAACAAAGAGCAUUAUGGUAUGUUAUGGUAUUUUCUGGAGUGGUCAAUUAGGUGUGUAUCAUUUGUUUUACAAUGGCCCUAUUCAGUCUUCUGUGAUCUAAUAACCAGGGCGGAGUCAAUGGAAGCAUGUAAACAGAGUGUAUGCUUUUCUAUGGUAGCUCACGUUGUUUCCAUGUUUAUCAUGGUUAGGUGGUUGCCAAUGAGACCAAAGUUGUUGUACAACGAGAGGAAGAAGAGGCUGGUAAGAAAGCCGCUGAGACCCAGGCCAUCGCGGACGAUGCUCAGAGAGAUUUGGACGAGGCCCUUCCAGCAUUGGUGCGGCAUUAUUCAUCAUAUUUUCAUUAUUUCAUUAAUUAGACUGCAAAACAGUCGAUUUUUCAAGGCGCCCGCGUGAGAUUUUUGCGCGAACGAGCGUGUGAGGCGAAAGAAAAGAAAAACUUUUCGCGUCUCUUUCCAGACUCACUCUUUGUUUUAACCCUCGCUCCUCCCUCUCCUCAGUACUUUUGUUUGACCGCUCCCGCGUUCUUGCACUACGAAAAAAUACGGGCUGUUUUGUAGUCUAUUCAUUUUUUUAGGAGAUUGAAAGUAUAAGGCCACGAUCAUAACUUUCGCAGUGUCAUUUGGGAAAAUCGGUCAAAAGCUAUUGAUUGUGGUUUGCUUACCCCUUGGAGAUUAAUUGUCUUUCUCUUGUUGUUGAGGGGUUAUUUUGUGCGCCAGUCAGUGAAUCUAUAUAAUGGUUGCACAGUUUACAAGAAAACUUGGGAAAAUUCCCUUGAUAAUACCUUUUUAAGCAGAAAGACCCGAGCAAUCUCCAGAACUUAUUCACUUAUCCUUUUCCGUGUGUUAUUCCAUGUUGGAUUUAUUAUAUUUAUAGGAAGCUGCCUUAACAAGUCUUAAGUCCUUGAACAAAACAGAUGUGGUUGAGGUGAGGAAAAAAGGCAGAUAAUCAUCUGUCACAAAAUUGUAUUUGUUAAGUGACAAUUUGGUAUCUUUACCACGGAUUAACGACGUUUAAAAGCUGCAUACAGCAGAAGAGUGACUUCUUGGUUUUUUUAUUUAAAUGGUUAUACCAUAGUUAAUAGCGUGGAAUGGUUAGAAGCCCGUCAGACUUCCUGUGAUAUGUUUUUGUGGACUUGAAGGUGCCCAACGUUCAAUAGCAUUUCUGUCAUUCCUGAUCUUACUAAGGGACGAAUCAUUAGAAAACUUAUGAGGGGGCGGCCGAAUUUAAAAAACACGCCCAAGAGAAAAUGAAAUGAAAAAAAGUUCAUGCACGUUAAGUGACCCUGAAAAAUAUUCAUAUGCUGGCCUAACAAAAUUCAUACAAGCGAAGCGUUAACGGAAAAAAAAAUUCAUGCGGCUCUGCUUCCCCCGACCCCCUAGAACGUUUCUUAAUAGCCCGUCCUUAAGAAAUAUAGACAUCGCUUUAAUUUAUCCCUUCACAAUUAGUGAACAAGAGACUAAAGAUUGUGUACCGUCAGGGAACUUCCAACACAAACUGCAGCACUGUUUUUGUUUUUCUCUGAUGUUUUCCGCCUUUCAUAUCCAGUCUUACAGUUGUGUCAGUCGACUCAGAAUUUCACUGACUCUGGAGCUAGGUUAUUAGAGUCCUUUAGAUUCUAGUACGAAGACGACAACGAGAGCGAAGUUUUCUCAACACUAAGUUGUGCGCGCGCGUGAACCAGCGUCAUUUUAGCGGGAAAACGUGACAGCCGUCGUCAUUCUACUACGAGUUUUAGCGAGAAGGUAGUAGUGGCGAAAGGAGGUUAUCAAUUUUUAGAAUGUUUUUCAUUUUGCCAUCGGAAGAGGGCUUAACCUUCUUCAAUAAAGAUAACAAUGCUAACUUUUCUGUUGAAAAAAGGUACAGUGAAGCUCAGUUCCGGGGUGUCAGCUUCUUUUUUUUUACAAUACGCGAAAAAACUUUAAGUUAAGUCUCGUCCUCGAAUCUAAAGGUCUCUAUUGAGUGUAUUUUGUGUUUGCCUUCGUAACAGGUUCGAGCCCUUCAGCGUCCUCCUCCCGGAGUAAAGCUGGUGAUUGAAGCUGUCAGUAUCAUGAAAGGCGUCAAAGCGAAGAAGGUUGCUGGAGAGAAGGUAUGCAAAAUAAGAACGCUACUUGAACAAUAGCUCAAGUAGGGUGUUUUAGUCACUUGUUGACUUGCACUGCUCGUAAAUGUAGUCCAACAAGUACCUUAUAAUAAGACAGACGCCGUCCUAAUAAGCGCCCUAUGUCCCUUCAGUUAUUAUUUGACUCUCUCUAAGACAGCACUUGGUGUCGCCAUAGACAGAGUUGCUCUUUGUUCCACAGCCAUUUGCCUUUCAAUAAUAGAUUUGCCUUUCCAGAUGCCAUUGAACCUAUUUAUAAUGACGCUACUACGGAUUACUGAAAUACUCAGUGGGCGAGGUCAGAUGUCAAUUUUUUUUGGUCGUCAUUGUUUUAAACACUUUUUCAAAUAACAAACUUUCGGCCGAAUUAUACAGGUUCCACUGUAAGUCUGUUAUCAAACACUUGAUGACUUGUUUCGAGAAUGUCGAGGUCAGAAUCUCAAUCCCGAGGUGAAUCUAAGGGAAACAUUGAGAUUCUAUAAAACAAUUUUAACUUUUUUCCGAAGGAGCAGUCAUGAAAAGAUUUGUUGUCUAGCCCACGCAGAAAAACGUCUGCUUGUCAAAUUUAUGUUGACCUCACCAAGCGGUUCAAAGUCUGUGGUAAAGUACACUGUUACCCCAUGAUGUCGCAGAUUUUGCAACAUUAUCUACUCAGAAACGUUUGGCGGGAAACAGUUUGUCAUGUGGCCUCGAAGUAACCAAUGAGAGCUACUAUAAAACAAUAUGUGUUACAAUUCGUGUAGGUUGGUACCAAGGUGGAUGACUAUUGGGAGCCUGGAAAAGCUCUGUUACAGGAUCCUGGCAAGUUCCUUGAAGGCCUCUUCAAGUAUGACAAGGUGAAGUGUCAUUGAUUUUCUUCCGACCAUGCCUUUCAGAAAUUCCUUGCAGAAUAAAUGGUGUAAUAUUUUUUUCAAAUCUCUUAUUGAAUCACAUUUAGGAUAAUAUUCCUGACACCGUUAUUCAGAAAAUCCAACCGUACAUUGAAAACGAAGAUUUCCAGCCUGCUGCAAUAGCCAAGGUAAAUAUUUGUCCACUUAUGCAAGGGAUCUUGUAAUUAAGACACAAACGUUUUCGCCAGCUUAGACCCUGAGAUCUUUGAGACACUUGCCAUCGCAUCUUUUUACAAUCGCGAAAAACGCCAAAUGAAAGAGCUGCGAACUACGUACUAAUAAAGUAAAUCAGAAUCAUAUUCAACAUGGAACCCAAACAUUUAGUAAGGAGUUUUAGAGUGUUUUACUUGUAACGGUAGCGGAAAGGAUAAAUCCAUCAUAAGGAAAUUCCUCCUAAAGAUUGCUUAACUUUGAUUAGCAUUUCCAUCGGCCUGAAACCCUUGGACACCUGAUGAAGUUUACACCACGUAGUAUUUCUUAUUGCUUUGGUUUCCCCUGCACUGUAGAUCGGGUAUUAAGUGUGGAAGCGAUAUGGAAUAAUAUGUUGUGUAAACCUGUGCAAGGGGUUUUAAGGCCGAUGGGAUCUAAUACUUUUUUAACGCCAUCGUUAUAACGUUUUUCGCGACAAUACUUUCACUUCAUGUAAGACUUAAAGGAUAGAUUAAAGUAAUUUCAAAUAACGAUUUUCGUAAUUAUGUAUAGGUACCCCUUGUAACCCCCUGUAACCCUCUGUAACCCCCUAUAACCCCUUGUAACCUCAUGUUACCCAUUGUAACCCUUUGUUACCCCCUGUAACCUCUUGUAACCCCCUGUAACCCCUUGUAACCCCAUGUUACCCAUUGUAACCCCCUGUAACCCCUUGUAACCCCCUGUAACCGCUUGUAACCCUCUGUAACCCUUUGUAACCCCCUGUAACCCUUUGUAACCCCCUGUAACCCCCUAUAACCCCUUGUAACCCCCUGUAACCCCUUGUAACCCCCUGUUACCCCUUGUAACCCCCUGUGACCCCUGUAACCCCCUCUAAACCCUUGUAACCCCCUCUAAAACCUUGUAACCCCCUGUAUAUUCCUGUAACCCCCUCUAACCUCUUGUAACCCCCUGAAACCCCUUGGAACCCCCUGUAACCCUCUGUAACCCCCUGUAACCCCCUGUAACCCUUUCUAACCCCUGUAACCUCUUGUAACCCCUGUAACCCCUUGUAAUCCCAUGUUACCCAUUGUAACUUCCUGUAACCCCUUCUAACCCCUUCUAACCCCCUGUAACCCUUUAUAACUCUUUCUAGCCUCUUGUAACCCCUUGUAACCCCAUGUUACCCCUUGUAACCCCCUGUCACCCCUUGUAACCCCAUGUAAACCCUUGUAACCCCCUGUAACCCCUUGUAACCUCUUGUAACCUUCUGUCACCCCCUGUAACCCCUUGUAACCUCUUGUAACAUUCUAUAACCCCCUGCAACGCCAUAUUACCCCUUGUAACCCCCUGUAACCCUUUGUUACUGUAAGCCUUUGUAACCCCUUGUACCACUUGUAACCCUUUGUAACCCCCCGUAUACUCUUGUAACCCCCUGUAACCCCUUGCAACCCCCUGUGACCCCUUGUAGCCCCCUGUAACCCUUUGUAACCCCCUGUAACAACUUGUAACCCGCUGUAACCUCUUUUACCCCCUGUAACCUCUUGUAACCCCUUGUAACCCUCUGUAACCCUUUGUAACCCGCUGUAACCUCUUGUAACCCCCUGUAACCCUUUGUAACCCCCUGUAACCUCUUGUAACCCCCUGCAACCCCAUGUUACCCCCUGUAACCCCUUGUAACCCCCUGUGACCCCUUGUAAACCCCUGUAACCUCUUGUAACCCCGUGUUACUUAUUAUAACCUCCAGUAACCCCCUGUAACCCUUUGUCACCCCCUGUAACCCCUUGUAACCCCCUGUAACCUCUUGUAACCCCUUGUAAUCCCAUGUUACCCAUUGUAACCCCUUGUAACCCUGUAUAACCCUUUGUAACCCCUUGUAACCUCAUGUAACCCCUUGUAGCCCCCUGUGUCCCCUUGUAACCUCUGUAACCCUUUUUCACCCCCUGUAACCUCUUGUAACCCCCUGUAACCCCUUGUAAUCCCAUGUUACCCAUUGUAACCCCCUGUAACUCUUUGUAACCGCCUGUAACCUCUUGUAACCCCUUGUAAUCUCAUGUUACCCUUUGUAACCCCUUGUAACCUCUUGUAACCCCCUGUAACCCCUUGUAACCCCCUGUUACCCCUUGUAACCCCCUGUGAACCCUUGUAGCCCCCUGUAACCCCUUGUAACCCCCUCUAACCUCUUGUAGCCUUCUGUCACCCCCUGUAACCCCUUGUAACCCCCUGUAACCCCUUGCAAUCCCCUGUAACCUCUUGUAACCUUCUCUAACCCCUUGUAACCCCUUGGAACCCCCUGUAACCCUUUGUAACCCCUUGUAACCCCCUGUAACCCCUGUAACCUCUUGUCACCCCCUGUAACCCCUUGUAAUCCCAUGUUAUCCAUUGUAACCCCCUGCAACCCCUUGUAACCCCAUGUAACCCCCUGUAACCCCCUGUAACCUCUUGUAACCUUCUGUCACCCCCUGUAACCCCUUGUUACCCCCUGUAACCUUCUGUAACCCCCUGCAACCCCUGGUAACCCGAUGUUACCCAUUCUAACCCCCUGUAACCUUUUGCAACCCUUUGUAAGCCUUUGUAACCCCUUGUAACCUCUUGUAACCCCCUUUAACUCCUUGUAACCCCAUGUAACCCCUUGUAACUCCCUGUAACCUCUUUUAUCCCCCUAUAACCCCUUGUAACUCUCUGUAACCUCUUGUAACCUUUUUUAACCCCUUGUAACCCCCUAUAACUCCUUGUACCCCAUGUAACCCUUUUUAACCCCCUGUUACCCCAUGUAACCCUUUUUAACCCCCUGUUACCCCCCUAACCCCCUGUAACCCUUUGUAACCUCUCGUAACCCCCUGUAACCACUUGUAACCCUCUGUAACCCUUUGUAACGCCAUGUAACCUCUUGUUACCCCCUGUGACCCCUUGUAACACUAUGUUUCCCCUGUUAACCCCCUGUAACCCUUUGUAACCCUUUGUAACCUCUUGUAACCCCCUGUGACCCCUUGUAACCCCAUGUUACUUAUUGUAACCCUGUGUAACCGCUAGCAACCCCCUGUAACCCCUUGUUACCCUCUGUAACCCUUUGUAACCUCUUGUAACCCCUGGUAACCCCUGUAACCCCAUGUAACCUUUUUUAACCCCUGUAACCCCUUGUAACUCCCGGUAACCCCUUAAUAGGUUAGCAGUCUCAUUUGAGAUUGCGGAUUAUUUUUGUUAGAUCUUAGAUAAGUUAUUAUUUUUUUGUGCAUUGGUAAAUGUAGGGCCACCCUGCGUAAAUGUAUGAGAGCACAUGCUCUCUAUCGUAAUUGUUUAACUUGUAUUUGCUUUCAUUUCAGGUCUCCAAAGCUUGUACAUCUAUAUGUCAAUGGGUGCGAGCCAUGCACAAAUAUCACUUUGUGGCCAAAGCCGUUGCUCCUAAGCGGGUGAGUGGGAAUUCUCCCCACUGUUUCCUUAACGGCCUUUGUAAUAUUAGUUAAUGGGGAUGUUGCAGUCAAUUUUUUUUAUUUCAGUUAAUUUUUUUUUCUUUGUUUUAAGUUCAUUAGCAUACAUUACCACACCGAAAAAGAAAGGAAAAACAAAACUUAACUGAAAUAACAAAUUAACUGCAACAGAUAUUUACGGUUUUGAAAAGGAUGUGAGCUUUACUGGGUACAACCCUACGCAGUGGGGAUGGGCAUGAACUGAACUCAUAGAUCCUAUGCAAGGUGCCCUCCCCUCCCUAUCCAUUUCUAGAGCCCAUAACUGACAGAUAGGCACCAGGGUUAGGACUGGGAAUAAGAUCAGAGAAUUGCCAGGAGACGGGGCUUCUGAUGUUUUUUCUUAUCCGAGAAGACUGUAGUGUCCAACCAUUUGUAACUGAAAACAAAGACAAAACAUUCUACUCUGUUAAAUAAGAGCCUGAGUGUUGAUCUGGCCGGGUGUUACAGUGAUAUGGGCAUCUCCGCGUUUUGGGCAUCCCUAUUCCCAAAACCCUAGUGAUAUGGGUACUCCCCUCUCAUAUUACCUUAGCGAUUUGGGUUACGGUUAGGGUUACAGGGGAUGCCCAUAUCACUAGGGUUUUGGGAAUGGGCAUGCCCACAUCAUUGUUACACCGGAAAUCACGUACCCAGUCUACCUCUUCGAAAUCUGGUACCCAAGAGUCCCAGGAGUGACAAACAACAUGUUUCUCAUAACAUCAUCAGUGCACAAUCAACAGAAAAGGUUAGGAGAGUAAAUGAAAUGAUCACCAAAUGGAAAAUGCUUUGAUCUUUUAUCAAAUUCUCUUAACUAAUUCUGUAAGGAUAUGGAUAGAGAUCAGUCGGGAGAAUUUGUGUGCGGAUGUUGGGGCUUAAGGGGUUAACAGCUUAAAAUCGCAAAGUUUUUCUUUCGAAUCGCUUGCGCUUAAGGUCUUAAUAUUUCUUCUUUUCGAUUUGCAGGCGGCCUUAAAACAAGCCACCGAAGAACUUCAAGAAACCCAGAGGGUUCUGGCGGAGGCUAAGGCACGGCUUGCUGAAGUGGAGGAAGGAAUCGCGUCGCUACAGGCCAAGUACGAGGAAUGUAUCGCUAAGAAACAAGAACUGGAAUUUAAAACUGAACAGUGUAGUGCAAGACUUGGCCGAGCAGAAAAGGUAAAUUUAAUAGACGAUAUUCGUAUUCCCCGACGGCCCUGGGACGAGAGACUUCACAGCAUGAUUGCGAGGCUAAAGCGGGGAAUUUUUUUAGCAAAAACACAAACAAACAUUGGGUAGUUGCGGCUGAAUCGCUUCAAAACGAUAGAAAUCAUCAAAAAAACUGCAAGAUUUAAAAGCUGAAACCUUACGGGCAAGCUAAAGGGAUAUCCGGUUCAAAAAGCAAAACUGUGGGAAGAGCUGGUCGUACUAACAGGAAAAGUUAAAAAGCCACAAAGCCAAAAGAAGAAACAAGAAGUAAUCAAGAAAAUGGUAUAUUGUGUCAAAAUGUCAAUACUCGAACCCUUUUUACAAAAUUUUAUUCUUAUUAUUAUUCUUUUUCUCUUUUGUGUAUCUGUGGUGUGGAGUUUAAACUGCUCAGUAUUAUCGUCUGUACCAAACUCUGUGUUCAACUGCGUGCACGUUUUUGUACUCUCGCACAGUUGUUAUCGAAGAUAAUGUAACUUAAAUUUAAAAAUUAACUUUACCUAGUCAUCUUUGUUCAAACCGGUUUAACUUCCUUAAAAUGCACAUGGACUGUGUGCAGAACGCUAAGCCCCGUCCAGAUAAGUAAUUAUCCACUGAAUAAGUCGUUUGCUCUACUUCAAAUACUCAUUCAAGAUUUUGCAUCCGCUCUGUUAGAAAAUUUCAACUGUAAAGUAGGUGUGAUAACAUCACCGUUAACUUUAUCGCAGGCUUUCGAUAAUUACGUCCAUUUCAAUAAAAGAUAUUCAAAAAGUUUAAAGGACACUGAAAAUUACAAUUAAAAUGGCUUCGGGAUUUUAAGAACAUCUCAGUCUGUUUAUAUUAAAUUAUAAACUCGCUCAUCAAGCACUCAUCUCAUCAAUAUAAUUAUGGUUAGGAUCGCUGUUUUUCUUACUAAUAAUGAGCAGAUCUUCCUUUUGUUGUUUGAAAUAAUGAUCUCUUUAGUGUGUAAGCCCUUCGGAACUUUACAAUGUUAAAAAUGUUGCUUAAAUUCGGCAAACUCAGCCUCAGUUUUUUCAUAUUUGUUUGUCCUCUUGGCGAGAAGGUCCCCGCAUGAGCCUCGCAUUCAUGAUCAAGGCCUGCUCGUCCCAGGACUGUCGGAGAAUACGAAUACUGUCUAUUGAGGCUUACGCAUAACAUGCACUUCCAUCCACCAUUGAAUGGAAGCAGUCUCGGCAUUUUUACUUUGCCAUUAGCCUCGCGCGAAGUGCAGAAAGCGUGGAUUUCCACAUGCGAAGCGCAGGGGACUCGCAUGAACUUUCUUUUUAACAGCGAGCUCAUUCCUUUCAGCAGAGCAAAAAUACAAUUUGUGUAGUCUAAGGAAAAGUGUAUCCCUCGUGUUGAAAGAUCCUUGCUCCAUUUUCGGACCCGAACGCCUUUGCUUUGAGUGCCACAAAAAUUCGAACGUGUGCAGUUCAUUUGUCGUACAUAAAAGCUCACAGUUCGUCUAAUUUAUUUUUCUGUGUAGUUGAUUGGAGGUCUCAGUGACGAGAAAGUCCGCUGGCAUGAGUCGGUGCAGGCGUUUGACGGCCAGAUUGUAAAUAUUGUUGGUGACGUCAUGAUUUCAUCAGGAGUCAUUGCUUACCUGGGAACAUUUACGGUGAGUCCAUUAUAGUUUACCCAUUGCACGCCUUGGAAUCCCUGUGGUUCGACAAUCACCUCCUUCACUUUAAUUUUGCAACUGAAUAGUCUCUGUAGCUGGCGGGAUUGUUAAGCACGGGGUACUUUGUUUGCUCCGCUGCCAAAAAACAAAAGCACUUGCCCGCCAAUGGCGCUAGCUAUAGUCUUUCUCGCAGCCGUUUUUGUCUCGUGACGCGGCGCUCCUCCCCAACAAAAGUUUCUUGGGGAAGAGCGUUUCGCAACCAGUCAAAAACGGUCGCGAGGGAGACCACGCCAGCUAUGCAGACUGGCAACUGAACGAAAAAUAAAUAGUACCAUAGGGAGGAAAUCGUACGUAAAUUUCGGUGAUUUUCUUAUAAAUCACGAAUUUAUUGAAAGGCAAACCUACUUCGAUAUUUGAUAAUAAUAAUUAAUAAUAAUGGUAUUAAUAACAUUUGAUAAUGAUGAUGAUGAUGAUGAUGAUGAUGAUGAUAAUACUGAUAAUAAUAAUUUUAUUCCACUUUAAAAAAAUAUUUACAUAAUUUACAGAAAUAUUUGAAGUAAGAAUUAAGCACUAAAUAACAUUAAGAAUUAUAUAAAUCACAAAAAAUGCAAUCACUAUGUCAAUAACGAUUUCCCAAAUACAUUCCAUGCGGCUCAGAUGCGAUCAGAAACUCUUGCAGGCGGCCCAGAGUUUUAAAUCAAGUCAUUGCAAAAUAGAAUCAUCCGUCUCUGAUAUUAAAAAGAAACAAGUUUAAAAGAAUAAAAUCUCGUAUUCCUAAAUUCCUAAUUCUUUAAAAAAGUUCUUUAAAAAAUUAAUUAUUUCGGGCAGGCUCUAGUAAUACUGAUAUUAAUAAUAAUAAUAAUAAUAAUAAUAAUAAUAAUAAUAAUAAUAAUAAUAUCUCCCCUGAACAAUGUUUUGCAAUCCUCAGUUGUAAUCAAAAUAAAUAGUAAGAAUAAUAAAGUUAGACCUGCUUCAGAAAUAUUAUUUGGUAGCAUCUUGUACUAAUUUUAUCUUUUGAAAAGUAUGAUUGUAAUGCCUGAUAGUUUUCACGUUUAUGUAAACGGGCAUCCAAAACUUUGUCGACGUUCUCAGUGCUCAGGGUAUAUCGCAUUUACUCGAAGCACCGAAUAAAAGUCUAACUUUAUUUUGAAAGAUAACUGAGAUCGAUGCAAGAAUUGGUGUCUUAAUUGUUCUUGACAUGGCAGGAAAUGAGUUUUUAAAGGCUAAAUCUCGGCCCCCGCUCUUGAAAAAUUCUCAGAAGUAAUAUAUGGCUCUCAACAACCGAGUUUUAGGUCCGUACGGGGACUUAAUUUAUGGCUAAAAGACAAAGCUUGAAAUCAGCGGACAAAAACGAGGAUCUUUAACGUACAGUCCCGGGCGCUUGCAAAACAAAAUUUCCAAUUUUAGCGAGCCGUGCAGCAGUAGACCAAUCACAGUACUCUUACUAACUGAGUCUAAUUCUUGACAUAUUAUCUUGUUUGCCGGAGUUAACUCUGAUUCAAAUUGACCAGCUGGUUGGUUCUUAAACUCUGACAUGUAAUCAAAAUAUCACUAAUUUCAAGCUUAUGAUUCCUUGAAUAAAAGAUGCUUAUGUAAUCAAAGGAAAUUUAGCAGAGUACCCCUAACUUUAGCACUUUAAUAGGCUGAGAACAGCUCCUGAAUUGUUCUUAAAAGUAAUAUUUAUUUACCAAGGGACCUUUUAAUUUUUUUUUUCGAUUUUUAUCUCUAGUCUUUUUGUGCCAUUUUCAAUUGCAUGAUUUCUUUUGAGUUUUGGUCAUUUCAAGUUCAUGACUUGUGCUUUUAGAGUAAAAAGAGAUACGAAAGAGAUAUCCGCUGUUAAUCCUCAUUCACUGCAGUAAAUUAUGUUCAAUUAAGCAGUGUUCAACCAAGGACAAUCAGUUACAGGAAGCCAAAAGAUUGAUUGUUACACAGGGUUUAAGAAAAGCUUAAACUUGUGCUCCUUAAUAUGCUGAUUGUGUAGCUGAAACAAAAAGAAAAACAAAGACAGUUUUUACGUGUGAACUGAACAGCUUUUAAAUGUGUUUUGGCUUUUUAGAGUGAAAAGAGAUACAAUAGACGAACCGCUGUUAAUCCACAUUCUCUCCAAUAAAUGUUCAAUUAAACCAUAUAAUUUACAGGAAGCCGAAAAAAUGGAAUUUGACAUAGGGUUCAAAUAAAUCUUAAAAAGUGCUUUUUUAUGAUAAAUUUGUCGUUGAAACAAAAAGAAAACAUUAGCUAGCUUUUUUGCGUGAAAAGUACAGCUCUCGUGUUCUAGCUUUGUAGAGUGAAAAGAGAUUCAAUAGACAAAUCGGAUGUUAAUCCGCAGUCACUCCACUAAAUUAUGUGCAAUUAAACCAAGUUUAACAAAACGAUAAUCAUUGACAAGAACAUGAAAGAUUGAUUGUUACAUAAGUAAAGCUUAAAAAGUGCUUUUUAUUAUGCUAAAUUUGUGGUUGAAACAAAAAAAGAAAGCCAUAUGGUAGGUUUCAAUCUUUGUCUACCUUUGAUUCACGUGCACUACGGUUAUUAUUUGCAAGUAUGCACGUGUUUAGCUGCCUUAUUUACCGGUAAAUAAAAUCACAUAUCGACAGCGCGAUCCAGCUCGUUUUAUCAGAUUUAUGGAAAUCAAUAAACAGUUAAUGAUGUGAAAUGCUUACUGAAGGCAAACAUGGCUAAUAAAGAGAGGAAAUCACGCUUCGACGGAAACAUAAUUAAGUUGAAACUGAGAUUGUGGGAGCAAAAAUAGACGGGAGACAUUUGUAUGAAGACCAGUUUUGAAGGUCUUACGUAAAAAACGUCACUGUCAAUACCAAUCAAUUACUCUUUCGCUCUCUUUUUUUCUUGAAGCUUUCCAUAGUUUUGAGUAACGACUGAUCAUCGCUUGUCAAAUUCCAGUUUACCAAUGUCGUUUUUGAAAGGCAAAUUCCUGCUGAUCUCUUGAGCUUUUAAAGGAUUUUUUAAGACUUUCUCUGCGUCUUCCCUUACUUGCUAUUUAAACACAUGAAUUUGAAUUCAAUUUUAAAUCGUGACGAUUUAGUCGAAAGCUUUUAGAGCCGUUCAAAAGGUUUACUUUCCUGCGGCAUUUUUAUUGAAGCAACUGUUUUGAAGCGCAAUUACGAGCUCUUUACAUGGCCACUAUUGAAAUUACAAUGGUAUAAACAAAGGUAAAAAAAAAAAAAAAAGAAAAAAAUAGCUGUCAUGUUCCAUAUUGUUAUUAGCUCAUCGGAUCAUCUUCCAUAUUAAAUCCUUUGCGAAAGAACAAUUUUUUGCACUUAAUAUUAAUAACACUUCUAUCCCUUAUCAGUAAAAGACAUUGGAAAAUUAUGUACUUUAGCUUCUUAAGAUUAAAUAUUACAGGACGACCGGUCAAAUGAAACCUUUUCAGUAUAGAUAUUCCGCGAUAUAAUGUAGUUUUCUGAAUUCUUGAAGUUGAAAUUUAAAAAUUUUCUUGAAAGGGUGUUAGAGGGGUUCAUGUGGUGUUGUUACUACUCACAAUCUUUUUGAUUACGCGCGGAAAUGACUUGCUGUCUCUUGUUUUAACUGGCUCUCCCACUGUUCAACAAAUCAAGAUAGUUAUCUCUUUACAUUACUUGUCAUUAAUCACUUUUACCAAAAUUUACGCACACAUUUGUUAGAAGGGGCUUAAAAAACUGACUAGCUUGGAAAUUGUGGAUGCAGCUUGAAAGCGUCAACUUCUGCAACUUAUGAGAGUCAGGUUUUUACAAGAACUGUGCGGUAAAUCUCGAAAGGCAUCGAAGCCAUAUUAUUUAUAGUUUGGUGGUGAGGUUAUUAAAUCAGCUUUUUAUGUUUGCCGUCAGCUAUAAAUAUUGUCAUUCAACCACAAAAUGGUCGUCUUUAACGGACUGAAGAACGAAAAUGGAUCCUAAAGAGGUUAAGUUUUUUCUUGAACAUUGCUCGAGUUGCAAACUGUUGAUAUAAAUGACAGUCUUUCUUCAUGCCCUUCUAUUCAAAACAGAGAUAAAAUUGAGUAUCCGGCUUUCAAUUCAGGUUCCAUUUCCGAAGAAGUGAAUACGCAAAUAUGAAGUUCGUCAUUAUUUAUAGUGUAAAAAAAGCAAUUGACGUGUACCAAUUGGACGUUGGUUCAAAUCCCACGGCAGGUGGUACGGUUCACUCCGAAACGCGGCUUGAUUUCUCUAUAAAAAUCCUUAGCUGUCAUACUGUAACCGGCUUUGUCAUCAAUAGUUACGCCUAAGGUUCAGGAAACAACGAAAUUUGCGUUCGAAACUCAAACGCGUGGCAAUUUGCCAAACCGUCAAGUUUUCCAAACUUUCACGUCGUUCAAGUGAUAAAUACCCCAAACAACUGCACCUGUCACCUUGCGAUCCCUGGGGGAAGGACUAACACACUUUUUACACUGAGCUUGAUUCGAUUGGAGCAAGAUCUAUAUUUUAAGCAGGAGGUGUCAAACUUAAUAACAGUUGUGCGGAACAGAUUGCUCAGCUUCUCACGGCGAACGCACAAAUCAUGACAUUGUCCCACAAGACUGAGUUCGUUGCCUUUUGACGGGUGAGAUGGCGUAACCGAUCUAGUUUUUAACGUUGAAACAAACAAAAAAAAGAUUAUUGACGUUCCCCGUUUUGAAACCGGCAGGCGUUUUGCGAAUGGGAGCAGAUUAUCGCCAGAACGAUGAUUUCCACUGAAAAUUCGUGCGCUGACGUAAGCGCCCCAAAGGCGCUAUCCUUUACAACGGCAAUUUUGUCUCUGCUUUUCGCAUUCGUUACAGUUCCAGGGAAUUUCCUGGUUUGUCUUGCGGUGUUCAAAGAUCCGUACAAACGCCUCAAGACGCCGUUUACCUUCUUUGUGGUGAAUCUGGCCAUUACAGAUCUCAUCGUUGGCAUGGUAACAGAGCCCAUCUCCGUGGUGCUUCAUUUUCGCGAAGGACUUUCUCUACCGAUCGGUGAUUAUGUCGCUAUAAUUCACAUGUCGUACUUUAUAUCGUGUACUGCCUCGGUGUUGAGCCUCGCCGCUUUGACUGCGGAUCGCUUCACGGCAAUCAGCUAUCCUCUACAGUACAGAGCGAGGCUCACCUCGCGGCGAGCAUUUAUGAUAGUAGGUCUGAUUUGGUUUGUUUCUCUCACCCUGCCCUUUGUUUACUUUAAAGUUGGAUAUUUGGUUUACGCCUUUGUGUUCGCAAACUCAGCAAUAGCGCUGACUUUUGUUAUUUUCCUCUUCACAUACAUUCGUGUUUUGCGGGGCGUAAGAAGGCAGGUUUUGGACUGGGAGAGACUACGGGAAAGCUCUCAAACCGAAGAGAACCGAGCGCAGCUUAGAGCUGCUGCGUUUGAGAAGAACAUCACUCAGGCCUUUAUGGUGAUGCUUGGCUUAUUUCUGUGCUGUUACACGCCAUCUUGUGUGAUGAUUUACAUCAUGAAUCUAUGUUAUUCUUGUAGCUGUUUCGCCAUCCAUGUUCUCAGAGAUCUCCAGUUUGUAUUUGUGUUGUGUUCGUCUGCGUUGAAUCCCUUCCUUUACGCUUGGCGGUUACCGAACUUUCGCAAAGCGUUUGUGAGGAUUUUGCGGUGGCGCAGGGUCAACGAGGUCAUAGUACCCACCAGUGGGCAAGAAAGCGGGCGAAUUAACAAAAGAGCCGUUGAAUCGGCUUGAAUAAAAGUGUAUUUACUUUUGCACAGUGCCAAGGCUAAGAAGGGAAAUAUUGUUACUUUUUUGUUCUUUGCGAACUGUAUUUGACAGAACUUCGUCAGAGAGAAAAUUUCUUUUUUUAGUCAGUGAUGUAACAGUACAAAAUAAAACCUACGCCAUGUGUUUCACUCAAUCAGAUUAGCAAUGCAUUCAGUCAAUCUGACGACUGUCCAAACAGAUAAGAAUUUCCUUGUUUUAGUCGUGAACCUUUGAUCUUGGCAUGCGGCGAUCCAUUCCUUAGCCUGGGAGAGAGAAGCGACGACCGGAAAUGCGUCUGCUGUUCGCAGGCUAUCCAUUCCUGUAACGACAUUUUUAUAUGUUUCGUAGACUCGAGAUUGUGUUUGUGUACUAAGUAAACCUGUAAAUUCAUGUACAUUUGAUUCUGACUUGACGCGAUCCAUUCUUGUAACAUUUUUGUAGCUUCGUAUACUAGAAAUAUAAGGUGCUUUCUUCCCUGUUUGUACAAUUUUUAAGACGACGUAUUGUCUAAUUUUGAAUUAUAUUGUGAAAAGUACGUACUUGUAAGGAGUUUUAAGUUAGCGGUUUAAUUACACCCAAAAUUUAAUCGCUUUCACUCAUAAAACGAAGGACUCUGACCAAAGAGAUUUCAGUAUAGGGUGCCACAAACUGAUUUUGUUGUUGUAGUAAAAUAAUGCAGUGGAGAGCUAGGCAAAUAGCAAGUUUGAAAUCUAAAGAGAAUAAUAAAUUCAACUUUUAACGAGUCAUUUCCUUUGAACGAAGACGUGUCAGAAUUACAGACAUUCGUAUUUACACACGUUCCUCAGAACGUCGUUAAAUGUCGCCAGUGCAAAAUGCAUUAUUUACCGAAGUUUUCUCUUUUUUCUGAACUCUUGCCUUGACCAACAUCUUUCAAUUUGUAUUUGUUUUUGGUUAGCUUAGAAUGAUACUUUGUACACAAUAACGCCAGGAUAGUUUGCCUUUUUAUAAUUGACUCUAAACCGUACAACAAACAGAAAAGAAACCGCAGAUUUUCAUAUAAUUAUGUUAAUAAAUUCAUGAAAGUUCCGCUCUCUGUUUCAUGCAGUGAAGGGUAUACAUCUUACAAUAAUUACAAAAUCUAAAGCGAGCAUUAAAUUGCACGUUCAACGUGCCAUUUGCUUUCAGUGAAUACUCGUCAACUUAACAGACGUUUGUAUCACACAUACCUCGAAACGUCUUAAAAUGUCAUGAAUAUUUUUUGUUUUCCUUCUAACCCUGUCUUAACUAACUUUCACUCACUGUUUUUUUCGGUCUAACUUUGCAUAAUACUUUGUUUAUCUCGUGCAUUUGAGGCCGGAGUAAAAAAGAUGCGACAAAGAUAGGACGUUUGCACGAUAGCGUCAUUUUUCUACUACGACCAGAAUCGUGUUCGUUUUUCCUUUCAUAUUUUAAUUUGGUAAUCCCAGUGUGGUUUCGAUAACAAAAGCCCUAAUUUGCACAAGAAAGCAAAACCCUGAAGGAUUCUAGUCCUUCUAGUCAACUGACUUCAUCGUCUUGCAAAUCGCCUAUUAGUCUUUUCGAAACUUCAUUGAACAAUACUAUAAUGUUCACAGCCUUUUAAGUCUCUCGACGCCAGCUGGUAAGGAUCGGUAAGAAGGUGAUAUUGCAAAUAUCUUAGCUCUGCGUCCUGCGUCCCUGACGCAUAAAAAUCCCCAAUGACGCAAAAUAAUUCAUGACAUGCGUCCCGUAGGACGCAAAGAUCGAUCGAUCGAUCGAUCUGAGCAUGUGUAUUUGUAGAAAUAUUCCGUUCGUGUAAUUUCUGUGGUGGUUAUUAUGGCUGUUGUUUAACGAUGCAUAUUUCUUUUACCCUUUGUUGUGCUUUAAAAUAGAGGGACUAUGUUUUACUUUCAGUAUACUGUAAUGCAGAGUUUUGGCAAGAGAGGAUAAAGGCCCUUUAUCCUCUCUUGGUUUUCAGGGGAACCCAACGAGAAUAUAGUUGAAAACCACUUAAACAUGGCAUUGUUGAACGUAUUUCAGUAUUUAAACGGUAGAUAUAGGCAUAUUUUUAUCGCCUAAAAAUUUUUUAUCUGUUCGGAUUUUCUAGCUGAAAGUCAAGUGAUCCGAAAAUUAUAGGGAUCAAAACUUACCUUUUCGAAAAUUUCAGCCAGAAAAAAAGGCUCCCGAAAAUUCUAGGGGACAUUUUUAAGGUAAAAAUCUGUUAGAUGUUCGAAAAUCCUAGGAGAGGCAGGCAAGCAAUUAAUUUUACAACAAAUGUUCCGAAAAUUCCAGAUCUCAAAUUGUCUUCCGAACAGAUAUUUUCUAAAAAUUGACGUUGGGUGCCCUUGGGUUUUGGAGUCUGUCUUCAGAUUAAUUGUCUGGUUACAUAAAGGCCCAAGCAUUUUCAAUUUCGGACUCGUAAUUUUUUAACUGGGACUCAUUGGUUCUGGACAGGGACACAUGAUUUUUUACUAGAUGAGUCCAAGGACUUACUAACUAUUUGUAACAAAAUCACUGGGGGUACCGCCCGCACCCCAUCACGCUCUUUAUUUACACACACACUUCACACGCUUCCAGUUCGCUCUCUCCUUCGCAGGGGCCGGAUUCCUUCAUGUCUUAUGGGGAGAGAAAAAAGGAAAGCGCUCGGAGAGACUCCAGUUUGCACGUGUAUUCAUUGAAUGAAUCGAGAAGAUUUUAAUUUUUACACAGAGAUUCCAGUCAUUCAAGUCUAGUUUAAUAACAUUCAAUUUAUAUACUUCGCCUACGUAUGCAGUUUUGUUGAAGAAGGGGCUGCUUUCGUAUAAAUCUGUCCUUGUUGUCCAUUCUUGACAACACGAGAAAACUCCCAGGGACCUCUGUAUUAAAAGUCGGUAUUUUUCAGGGAGAGUACCGCGUUUCUAUGGUGGAAGAGUGGCUAAUAGAGUUACGUGGUUUGGAAAUUCCUCAUUCGGACAACUGUAAUCUUGUAGCAACGCUUGGUGAUCCUGUUAAGAUUCGUAACUGGCAGAUUGCCGGUUUGCCUCGAGACACACUCUCCGUCGAGAAUGGUGUUACUGUGCAGUAUUCUCAAAGGUGGCCUCUGUUCAUUGAUCCGCAAGGACAAGCUAAUAAGUGGAUUAAAAGCUUGGUAAGUGAUCUCUACGUGGCAAGCGUUAAAAACGGACAAGCCAGUGAGAAAACGCUAAGGGCGUGCGAGGAAAGUGGACGCAACCUGCGUGAAGGAAAGGGAAACAUUGGGCGCGCGGAAAUAAACGCGAGAUUGCGUCCACCUCUCUCGCGCGCUCUUUGCCGGCUACCUAGCACUCGCCUUCGAACUAUUCUCUGGCAUGAAUCUCUUCUAGUGUACCGGGACGAAAAAUACCAGUUCAUCAGGUUACUUAUUAUUUUCAAUGAAUGUUGUCAUUGUUGUUGUAAUAUUAGUUUUGGUGGAUUAUUCUUGUGUUUCUCAGAAGUUGUUAAGCAUAAAACAGCACUUUUUAGUAUUUGUUUCUAUCAAAAUCUUUCUCCUAUGACUUAAACUAGGUUGUGCAAAACGGGUGUUUUUUUUUUACUCAGAAAAUGAAUACUGAUGUGGAAGUACGAUCUCCUUUUCCUUAUUUGUAUCAUUUCUUGUUUUAUGGUGCACUUAACGUUUAAUUGUUAUGAUAUCAAGAGAAAGUCAAUUUUAACUUGUUAAACAGUAAACAAAAGAAAAUGAGCAUCAGUAUAUGCAGUACCAUUCUUGCUGAGCGGAACUUGUUCACCCUGUUUAUUAGGAGAAAGACGCGGGUCUUGAUGUGAUUAAACUCAGUGACAGAGAUUUCUUACGAAGCUUGGAGAACGCUGUUCGUUUUGGCAAACCUUGUCUGCUGGAAAAUGUUGGAGAGGAACUGGACCCGGCAUUAGAGCCUAUUUUACUGAAACAGGCAAGUUGCAACAAAAACAUCUAAUCUACUUUUGUCAGCUAGUUUUGUUUUCAUAUUUAUUGUUCUUCAUUAUCAUAUAAAUGUUACUACAUUUUAUUUAUUUAUUCAUUUAAAUAACGUCUUUCGAGACAAAAAGGGUGAAUAUCAGAGGUUUUGUCUCCAUUUCAGUGCUUGUUAACUAACUUGGUACUGUGUCAUGUUGGUGAUGAGCUUUCUUAGGAAGUUCAUCCUCAAAGGAACGUGACCCAGUAGCCAUCAGUAGAAUUGUCCAGGGCGUGCUAGUCUUCAGUAAUGGAGAGAUUUAGAGUCGCGUUACUUGUAACGUCGGAUUCAAGUUGAGAAUUUCCCAAAAUAGAAAAUAAGCAGAUAAAAACAGGUCAAAACAAUGCUUAUGGAUAAAACUGGCGUGAAACAACUAACUAUUUUGUUGAAGUCAUGAACAGUAAACGACGAGAAAAGGGAAAACUUGGUCACGUGGUACAAAUUUGCGUUUGCCUUUUGCCGUAAACGCGAUGCUUAAUCUCUCUCAUAUCUUUACUCUCCAGUCCGUGUUAUCUGAUUGGUCAUUGUCUAUUGAUCGUUACUCAAGAAUAAGGGCGGUGUGAAAGGGAAAGGACGCUUCACUUAUUAAAGAAAGAAAGUUAGAUUACUUUACUUGGUGUAGACUGGGAGGAGUCCCUUUUCAGUCAGUAGAGUUCAAUGCUCGGCAGGACUGGAGAGAGCGAAAUGGCUGAGAGGGGAACUGGAGGAAAGCGUUCCCGCCUCCUCGCCAGUUUCCCUCUCGGCUGGCAGUUUUUUUUCCCGUUUGAUUCGCUCGAUUUCCUCGCUCGCGCGACUAUCGUGGGGAAGUUCUCGCAGUCUAUACUUCGUGCAAUUUUUUCGGAGCAGCGCAUCCAUAUUUUUUUAAUGCACUUUAGUAUGUCUUACCAGCAACCUCGUCUUCGGUCUCCUCUCCUACUCGCUCCGGGGGAUGAGUAAAAGAGGAGCCUGGGAACGAGGUUGCCUUACCGGCCCUAAAAAUGACAACACUAUUGAUCCCCUUCUUUCAGACUUUCAAACAAUCAGGCAGCACUGUGAUCAAGCUGGGAGACGCCAUUAUUCCCUACCAUGACGACUUCAAGUUUUACAUCACAUCCAAACUUCCCAACCCUCACUACACCCCAGAGGUUUCCACAAAAGUCACGAUCGUCAACUUCACUCUAUCACCUGGGUGAGUACAUCUACGGCUAUAGUGGAAGUUUAAUUUAGCUGAUUUUUUUCCUUUCGUAGUACAGUUGAACCUCUCCACAACGGCCACCUUGGGGACAGAAGAAAGUGGCCAUUGUAGAGAGGUUUAAACAAGAGUCAAUGUAUGGACUGUCCGCCAAAAAAAUAGUGGCCAUUGUAGAGAGGUGGCCUAUUACUAGAGGUUCGACUGUACUGAUCUACAUUGUUUGCAUGACGUAACUAAGAUAUCUACGGCAGAUUCCCAGUGUCGCGGAUGUAACUGAAUUGCUCUUCCUUGAACGGUCCAAACGACGAACUGUGUUUAAAAAGUAAAAAUUUACAACCCAGAAUCAAGCCAAAACUCUUUGGCAUGCUUGAUCACCACUUCCGCGCUGAUUCAUAAAUCUUAAAAAUAGUAGUUAUAUAAAAUCGCAAAUAAGUAUCUUUCGUCUUUUCGUAGUAGGUGACCUUAGCCCAUUUUCUCGAACGUAAGGGUUAUCUUAACAUUUCGGACGGUGCGACUCGCCAAAACGAUUAAGUACACCGGUGCUGAACAUUUUCCACACCACGGCAUUAUAGCUAGCCAUGCAACAAAACACCAAGUGGAGACUUUGUCUGAGUUUUUUCUUAUAAACAAGUUCGAGCUACUCAAUCUCACUUUAAAAUUGUUGGGUUUGAAGUUACUCAAGCUCCUGCUGUCAUGGUCUCUGAACUCAGCAUAUAAUAUUAUUACAGAUUGCAGCUGUUUCCCGAAAUUUAUCAAAAUUCAAACCGUGGGAGCUGCCAACAAUCUGAGUACAGCAUAAAAAUAACCGCUCAAAAAGUUAAAAGAAGGUAUAAAUAAAACAGCAAAUAAAAAAGGAGGCAAGGAUGGACAAACUUAAGGAAGAUUGAAACGGAUUGAAAGCUUGUUAGCCGAACAGUUUUUCAAAGUUCAUUUUUGUUAUUUGUAACGUUUGAUAUGAUAUCAUGCUUGGGAGACAUAUUUGUUUGACUCGAAGCUCCUAUUUUGUCAUUUACAAGUAAUUUCUGUGGUUCCAUACCCAAUUAGGAGGCGUUAUUGGCAUUAUUAGAAAAAUGAACUCGACAGGUGUGACACAGCCCUUUUAACUCUGAAAAUAAUCUAUCUUCAAUAGUGGCCUUGAAGAUCAGCUGUUGGCUUUAGUUGUUGCCGAAGAGAGGCCCGAUCUAGAGGAAGCCAAGAACCAGUUGAUUGUUAGUAACGCUAAAAUGAGACAAGAACUGAAGGAGAUUGAAGACAAGAUUCUUCACAAACUGUCGGCUUCUGAAGGAAGCCCUGUGGAUGAUACAGAUUUGAUUCAGACGCUGGAACAGUCCAAGGCAAAGUCUAUGGAAAUCAAGGUGACUUUUUAUCCGAUUUAAUUCAUAGUUUUCCAAACGUUUCCUUAUGAUUAAGUUGUUUUGGAGAAAGAAACACAUGAAUAAAUGUUGUGCCCUGCCGCGUAGCACUGUGACACAAAGGAUGGAACAGAAAAUCAAAUUUUUCACUGAGGUUCAAGGAUUUGUUUGUUUACCUCGAAUGAUUUCGGCCCUGAUUCGCGAUCCGAGGCCAUGACUAGGCUGACACCCAGUGGGGCUUGUGGUAGUCUCUAACACGUCAAUUUAUACUUCAGAGUUAAUUAUCUGUUUCAUUCUUUGGAGAAAAAAAACUCUCUGGAAAAUUAAUCUUCCAUCUGCGGACCAAAAAGUAGCCUCCCGUGCAGACUUUCUUGGGGCUUCGUCACGCGUUCCUUCGAGGAGGAUUGCGUGAGGAGCGAAAAAACGUACGUGUCGGAGGCUAACCAAAAUGCGCCCUGGGUACUAGAGCGGCAAGAUGUUCCAGUGUCGGUCAGAUGGAAACUGGAAAUCUCUGGCACUCGCGGUAACCAAAGAGGAAAACUCGCAAAAAACUCGUCAAUGUCUUAUGUCUUCAUUACUACGAAACAAAAUGAAACAUCAUCUUUGGUAAAGUCACCUAUUCAUUAUUGUUCGGUCUAAACUUCUUUGUGAAAUUUCUUCCUUUCGAUAUAGUCAGAAAAAUUUAGACAUAAAGUCUCUUAAAUUUGAAGAUUGUGUUCAAAAGUAAAAUCGGUCGUUAACAAGUUGUGUUUUCUUGUUUUAUUUUAUUUUAUUUUUUCUAUUUUUCAGGCUAAAGUGGUGGUAGCUGAACAAACAGAAAAAGAUAUCGACGAGACACGAAGCCAGUAUAUUCCUGUAGCAGUCAGAACGCAGAUUCUUUUCUUCUGUACUUAUGACCUGGUAAGAAACUUGUUUGCUUGAAAUUUGUUUUUAAAAAAACUAUAAACAGAGACCUAAAUGUUCUCAGUGUAUUGAGAUAGGAACAAAACAGUGAAGAAAUUCUGCUUGCGUUAUGUACUCAGGGUCUGGAAGGGGGGAAGUAGCCUGCGAUCAAGCUCUCCGGGGCGCUCUGGUGGCGGGGCGGGAAAAGGAAGGAGACUUUGCAACUACGUCUCUGGAAUUUGAAUAUCCGCAUCGAAAAAGUCGACGCAAAAUGCUAAUUGGCGGAUAUGACAUUAGUAAUGACAUCAUUACCCUUGGUACUUUUUUUUUCAAUGUUUGUUUACAUUCGCGCUCGUUCUUGCUUCGCGCUGAUUGGCGGAAAUCUGACAGCUCAGUCGGCGGGGAGCCACCGGGGAAUUGGAGGUGGAGUUCAAAUUUGCAAGCCGUCCUUCCUUUUCCCGUCCCGCCGCCAGAGAGCCCCCGAGAGCUUUCUCGCAGGCUAGUGGGGGAAAGCUGAUCUCGCAUUCCCGCUCCUUUUUCAAGACAUCCCACAUCCCGCACAUCUGUCAUUUCUACCCCGUGCCAAGAUUUGGGCGAAUCCCGCUUCCCGAGUAGCAGAUCCUACUAACGAUUGGAAUCCAGAAUUCAAGUUCCACUUACAAAAACCGGAAUUCAGUAGCUGGAAUCCGAAAUCCACGGCGUGGAAUCCAGAAUCCAAGACUGUCUUGGAUUCCCUUGUUCGGGGUGUAAUUACUUGUGAAUGACAAAAUCGCCGCUUUGUGUCAAACAAGUGUGUCUCCAAAGCACGAUAUAACGUUACAAAUAAAAAAAGUAACUUUGGAAAACUAUUAGGCCAAUAAGUUUUCAAAAACCACAAUUGCAGUCCCUUGCAACCCUCUUCAAGCUUUUUCUUACUCGCCUUCUUUUGUAUUGACCGUGUAUUUUUGCUUUCUUGCAAUGUUUUGAGCCGUUAUUUUCAUGAUUCACUCAAUUUGGUGGUAGCUCUCAAUAGAGAGCUUUAGAUUCCAGGACGAGGACAACAAUUAAUUUUAAGUUUUCUCGCCUAUUCUCUAAAAUAGACAUCCCGGCAAGCAUCAUUGUACUUUUUUUCACCAGUUAGCACGCUUAUUUCCGUUGAAGGAGGUUAAGCUCCUCCCGAUCGCUAAAUGAUAAAAUUUCUAACAUUUGAUAACUUGUUUUCGCCACUACGACAUCCUCGCUAAAACUCGUAGUAGACUGACGAAGGCUACCACAUUUUCCCGCCAAAAUGACGUUGGUUCGCGCGCGCUCACCACUUAGUAUUGGCAAAAUCUCGUUCUCGUAGUCGUCCUCGUCUUAUAAUCUAAAUCUCGCACAGUUUUAAGUUGGAGACAUUUUAUGACAUAGCUCCUUUAAUAUAAGAAUAAAUUAUGUGUCUUUCUUAGGCCAAUAUAGAUCCCAUGUACCAGUAUUCUCUGGAAUGGUUCAUUGGUAUUUUCCUCAACAGCAUCGCCAAUGCUGAUGCUUCAGGUACACUGUGAAAAUUAUUGUUUAUCGCCAUAUGGACAGAAAGUUACUGACCAACUUUUUUCUGGUGUGUAACCUACACAUUAGCAAAAAAUUCUCGGGACACCGAUUGUCCUACUGCUUGUGGAACCCUUAUCCCUCUACAAUGUUGUUUGGAGAGGGUUUACGGUUAGGGUUAGGGUUAUUUUACAAGCCAGGAACGCGGAUUAUUCAUGUGAGGGUAAGAAUAGCGCAGUGGUGAGAGCACUCGCCUCUCAUCAUUGUGGCCUGGUUCAAAUAUGUGGAUUGAGUUUGUUGUUUGUUCUCUCCCUUGCUCCGAGAGUUUUUUUCUCCAGUUUUCCCCUCUACUCAAAAACCAACAUUUCCAAAUUCCAAUUCGACUAGGAAUGGUAGACGUAGAACCGGUAUGCGGAUGUGCUACCUCUAAAUCGUUACUAUUUGAAAAAAUGCGUUGUAUUUGAGUGUCAAUGUAUUCAGCACGGAAAUACUAAUUAAGGACACUAUUUUUACGUCUCCUCCUUCUGGAGACGGGACCGCCAUUUUACGUAGUCACCGAGCCACGAGGAGGUCUAUUCGAUCACAGGGCAAAGGAAUUACCUUCAUUUCUCAGUAAUUUAAGACCUUGAGUAUUGAUCCGGCCCCAAGAAUCGAACGCACGACGACCACGACCUUCUGUAGUCAAGCGCUCUACCGACUGAGCUAAUCCUGCCGCUGUUGUUAUUCCUUAUUUAUCAAUUCUGUGAAGGGAAUGAGAGGAGAAAUCAAGGGAAAACACCGGCUGUUAGAUGUUGCAGUUGAUGACUCCGUGUCGUGUUGGUGACACACCUGUCCAACACUUGGGCGAAUUUCAAUAUCUUCGAUCGACGAUUCCACAAUAGUGAAACCUUCUAUUAUUGUUUUUCGUUUCAGAUAACUUGGAAAAGCGCAUCGAUAACAUCAACGACUACUUUACCUUCAGUUUGUACUCAAACGUAUGCCGGAGCUUGUUUGAAAAGGACAAACUAUUGUUCUCCUUCCUGGUGUGCGUCAGAAUCCUCAUGAACGAAAACAAGAUCAACAUGGUCAGUGCGUGUUUACAUUUUUUACGUAUAGUUUCUGUUAAGAUUAUGUAAUCACUUUACCAAUUCCCGCCAGAUAUGCAGACCACCCUUGCUUGGACUAUGCCAUAACUGUAAUGAUGAAUAUAUGAACCGCGGAAUGAAGAGAUUAAUGUAACGGAGAUCAUGAUCGCAGUAAAGACGCAACUUAAAAUUCAAUUUUGCCGGGAUUGGAACCCUGACCUCUGCGAUACCGGGGUGCAGCGCUCUAACCAGUUGAGUUAGCAAGCCAACUGGGAGCUGAGAAAUUUUUCCGUCUUCUAUUCGCAACCGCGUAAGUUGCGUCUUUAACUGCGAUGAUCGUCCGUACAUUUAUUUAUUUAUUUAUUUAUUUAUUUAUUUAUUUAUUUAUUUAUUUAUUUAUUCCACUUGUCUCCAGAUCCCUCAUCAGCGGUUUUUGUCACUUAACAUAGAAUGAAUAGAAUGACGUUACCUCUUCUUCGGGAGCUUCUCCUGUUGGAUGGUAGAGGCAUUGACACUCAACAACCCUUUUCAGGGCUACACUCACUCGGGCCAACAUAUUCAUAACACGUAUCACAUCCCGCCAUGUUUUACAACAGAAAAUGUUUUAUCAUUUUGGUAGCCUUGUCCAUUGUUUUCUCUGUUUGUCAUUUUAAAUGUAGAGAAAGCACUGGAGAUGAGACUGUAGAGUAAUGUUUAUGCUCAUGUGCUAGCACGUAAGCCCAGAAAGAUCAUCUACUAAUAAAUAGGGCAAAUAUAUAAAAUCAUCGCUAGUCAACUGCCUGUCAUUUUAGUUUUACAUCGACCGGGAGAUCCGUAGUGCUGCUGAUGGAGCGAUCACAAAAUGCAUGAAAAAAGAUUGACACAGUCUGCGAGCAAAGCCUCCUUUGUCUUCUUGAGUGAGAAGGAUGAAGAGGAGGCUGCGCCCGAAUCGCGUCAAGCCUUUGAGUUCGCCGCUGCCCGAAUUCUGGACUUGUCAUUCAUGUUUUCCCUCGUCAAACUGUUUUUUUCGAGUGCGAAAAUCCUUUUAUUAAAAAGCCGAUCGAUGGUCAUAACCGAGCCCGCUGUAGCAAGCGUACUGAUUACAUCCUAGCAACAUGCUGCGCAUGCUCAACGAAGCUCUUACUUGACUGAUGUAGAGUCUUUCUCGAGUAGGCUAAAAUCGAACAAGCGAAAGAAAGCAUCACCUGGCAGGAUGGAAAAGGCACUGAACGGAUAACAACCAAAAAUAUCUUCUAGAACACCAAGAAACGCCUGAUAGUUGUAGCUAAAUAACAAUAUUUUUAUCGCUCUCUUUUAGGACGAGUGGCGUUUCUUAUUGGCUGGCGGCUCUACAGUCCCCAAGGAAAUCGAGAACCCCGCUCAGGACUGGCUCUCCGACAGGGCCUGGUUCGAGAUACUUCGACUUCCGGUUCUUGUAAGUCUGUGGAUGAAUUUUGUGUUCAACCGUUUUUCUUUACCAUAUGAUAGUAGCAUUUGAGCGGCAACAUCGAGUUUCUUCACUUUUGUCGCAGAUAUAAACACCACAUAAUAUGUCCACACAGACGUACAAAGGCGAUGUUGUGAUUUAAAAAGUGUCUGUAACACCACCAAAUUUCCAGUAUUGCAAAACAUACAAUACGACAACUAGCAUGAUUUGCAUGAGGAAUUUUCGUUAUUGUUUUUCAGCCCAAAUUCGCCAAUUUUGCAGAGGAUUUCAAGAACCACAUUGACGGAUAUCAACGAAUGUUUGACAGUGUGGAUCCGCAUCGGUAAAUAACAGUUAUGAAAUAGUUUACAUAAAGGAGUUCUCUUCUCUGGGUCAAAAACGUAGCAAAUAGGUUAUUUCUGGAAGAGGAAACAAGUCUCAUAGUUUUGAGGCAUGUUUUUCUCCUUCAACUUAGAUUUUACUAAGGGUGGGAAGGGAUACUAGAAACGGGCAAAAGCGCCACUGAAGUGGUUAGGUCAGGGUGAAAGAGACGUCAUAUAUCAAUCAGUAUUUCAAAGAAGCAAAGUUAUUCCCCAGUUAUUCCAACGUGUUUGGCUCAAAAAAGUGUUUUGCCUCAUCCAUUACCUUUGGCAAGAAAAGAAGUGAUUUUCAAAGCCCCACUCAAAUUAAUGAUCCAAUGAAUUUUGACUGAUAUGUCAUUUCAAAUCUUCAACUCAAUCCAAAGACCUUGAAAAUUGAGACCUCGAAAUACUAAGUCCUUCCCAGCCUUUCCUUAUGCGUUUCCAUUUAAAACUGCGUGAAAACAACAUUUCCUUAAACAAUAAUAUAAGGUCUUAGCCAAUCUGUUCAUUCUAUUGAUGAUCAAGGCCUCAUUAGGACAAUUUUUAUAACUUGUGCUGCUUUGUAUUUCUACAGUGAGCCUUUACCCGAGCCGUGGAACACCGACCUAGAUGCCUUUCAGAAACUUCUUGUUCUGAAAUGUCUGCGAGCCGAUAAAGUCACUAACGCAAUGCAGGUCAGAAAAAUUGAUGAUCUCAAGGCGGUCGUAAUUUUGAUAAACGUGAACCAAGUGUUUGUUUCCUUUUUUGCAGGAUUUCGUGUCGGAAAAUCUUGUGUCAGGUUUAAACCACAGGUUCAGACCUGUUUAUUGAACCACAGACUUUUGUACUGUCCGUCGGAACUGAUCCUGCCGCCGACUCUUGUGUUUUUCAAAGAAAUUUUCACUGGGUCCCACCAUGUCCAAAAUUGCUCAUCUUUGUAUUGUCCGUCGGAACUGAUCCUGCCGCCGAAACCCCUUUUGUUCAUAUAUCUGCGGACGCUG